AUGGCCGACAUGAAAACAAGCGGCGUCUUUGCGAAAAAUGUCCAGAAGAGACUCAGCAGAGCGCAGGAAAAGGUAAGCCGGUGAAAGGACCGAAGGGGAUGCAGGUGGCGAGGAAAGGAGGCGACUGCCCGCCUGGGGGACCUUCUGCAUCCACCGGGCUGCGGAGAUAACUGGAAGGCUGUGGGGGCAACGGGGGGCGGGUGGGGAGAAGGUCCUUGCGGCAGUUUCUGUGGCGGUGCAGAGAAGCCUCCUCCGGGGAGGGGAAAGCGCCCCGCGGCGCCCGCUUGGAGCAGGGGCUCGGAACGCGCCUUUGCGCGCAGCUGCUUUGCAUCCUGUGCAAAGGGCCUACGAGAGGCAAACCACCUCCUCCCCCCGGGUCCACUGUUCGGUUUCUCGAUGGAUCUUGGAGACAGCGAUCUGGCGGGGCGCUGGCAUGUGGGCAGUGAUGCUGAAUUACACACACACACCUGAGGCCCCCGCCCCGCCGCCGCCUUAAAGGUGCGCGGGGAAAAAAUAUCUCUGGAGCAGCUCCUCGCUGCUGUUCCAUAUCUGCCUGGGCUGCUAACGGAGGGACCAAGGCACGUCCUUCCCCCGGAAGGUCAGGGGAAUCCGAGGGCAUCGGCUGCAAGGCAAGAAACAAGGGCUUUCUGACAAGAGAGAUGGAGAGAGCUGCGCUAUUCUGGUGACACGGGGGGAGGCGAGCAGCAGCUCCCAGCGUUUGGCUUUCUGGCUAGUCUCGUGUGCCGUUUGCGGAUUUGGGCCUGUUUGAAAUGCGCCCUUUGAGGCACGUCCGCAACUGGCGAGUGGAUUGUUGAUCGGGGCUCUCCAAUGCGCGUUUGGCUAAUAAAUACCCAAUAAUGUUGGUGGUGGAUCUCCCCCCUUCUCAGCUGGCAAGCUGCCAGUAUCAGUGAUGUUAUGUAAUAUCCCUUGUCCCAUUUAGUCAUUAUUCUCUUGAAUGAAGUGAUCCGAGGUGGACUGAUGCAAUGGCACAACUUGUUUUCAGCCCAGUCAGUGCUGUUCUGUCGCUAAGGGAUGAACCAUGUAUUGUUGGCACCCAGGCUGGGACCCCACAUAAUGGCCGAGGCUGCACCGAUCUACCUGGGACAUUACUGGAGACGGUUCUGAGUUUCCUUCUUGGGCCAGUCCUUAGUUUGGCACAGGUGCUUGCAUCAUGCAUGUGUGCCAAGCUGCUCUGAUAGGUAGUGCCGGCUUGAGAAAUUUGAGGUCCCUUGGGCAAAGUGCCUUCAGUGGACCCUCAGAAAGAAGGAGAUGUGGACUGGGUGCUCCUCCACUCUGCCUCUGAGCUUCUGGUGGGAUCCAUGCCAAGCACAGAUGUCUGUGCUGUAGGAGCAGUCGUGCCUUUGGCACUCUUGAGACCUCGAGCAGAUGCCCGACUUGGCCACUCUCUGGAGACAGACCUGCUGAUGGUGGCUGGUGCAGAGGACAAUAUCACCUUGCACAUUUUCAUAAAGGUGCUGCCUGGGUGAAGUCGGUUUGCAGUUACUGAGAGGGUAUUGUGGUCCUUCCUUUACUCCCUUCCCAUCUCUGUGAGAACAUUCAGGGCAUCAAGCUAGAUUUUCUGAGCCCCCGUAAAAUUUUUGGUUAGGAGAAGAAAAUUCUUGGGGCACAUUGAUGGGAGCCUCUACGGUGGGUUUGCUUGUCCCACCUGCUUGUUUGUGGCCUUGAUAAAACCACAGGGAGAAUAAGUCCCUUGGUAGCCUGCAGUGUAGAAGGAGGAUUGCAUCUGCAGAGCGGAUCUAUUCACAGACCGAAAGAUUUGGCUGUUCCUCGGCCCCACCUCCAUGCUUGCACACUUUCCAUACUGUAAGAGGAUUGUGUUUCUUUUAAUAACCACCCAAGCUCAUCGUGAACUAAUGUGAUCUUCCUUGCUGCGCUCACUUGGAGAGCGGGGCAAUCAAUUGCUAAGAAGGCUGUCUCUAAAUCACCUCUGUGGGCAUUGCCAAAGGCCACCUUGCCCGUGUCACUGGACUUUAUCAGAGUCUCCUGCCAGCUCUUCGGUGAGCAACACCUAAGCAUUCAGAGACACACCUGCAUUUCCAACUGAUUGAAGAUAUUCCUCUGGGCACUGAUGGUCUGUAUUGUCCUGUUUCCUGAUGGUCUAGACGUAAGGCUUCUUAAUGUUCAAGUAAAUGCUGGCAGGGACAAGCAAGAGAUGGUUUGACUCAAAAUGGAAGGAUCUAGGCUUCCAUUUUGGAUCUAGAAGACCAUCUUCUAGCCAAGUGGUGAGCAAAACACUUAGUUACAUGUAGUUUCAUGUGCAGAGUGAGUAUCAGCCAACCUACCUGCAAUAUCUUCCUGUGCAAGUCUUGGAUAAGAGUGCAGAGAGGGAAGAUAUCACAGUAGGUUUUGUCUUAAAUUCCAUUUAAUAAAUGGCACAUGUAUAGCAUGUGUUUGUUUGAAUUUGUUGCAUUUCCCCUCUAGGAGUGAGCAACACUCACCUAAGUAUAGAAGACAAGCGAGACCUGUAACAAAAUGUUGCUGUGUGGUGUACUCUUGUCCUGUGUUCUGGCCAGCCAGUCAUGCCCUUUCCCAGGAUACUCUAUUGAAGCAUUGUCCUCUCCACUCCACAACACAGCCAACAUUCCACGGCUACUGAGCAUGCUCAGUCGUCAUCAGGCUGCUUUGGUCUUCUCCCUCCUUAGAAUUUCCUGGCCUGGCCUACAUGUGUAGCAGAGAAAGAGAUGGCGGAAUGAACUGGGCACUAGAGGUGGUAUUUCGGGAAGUCACAUUUUGAAUGCUCUCUUGUGUUUAUUAGCUCCCUGAAAAUGGAAAGCCUUCUAGAACAGGGUGGGGAACUUCAAGCCCAUGGGCCAAAUGUGUCCAAACCUCUCUGUCCAGCCCUCAGGACACUUCUCAGACCAUGCAGCCUUUGUCAGCCCUGCUCUGUGCGAUCCUAACGUUUUUGCCUGGCUGAAACGCCUCCUUGACCUGUGAUAAUGCCUCUUGCUUGCCUUAAUGGAGGGUGUGUGUGUAGAAACCGCUGACUGUUGCAUGGCUGGACUGCAGCCUGCAGUACAGUGGUAAUACUCAGGGCUGGCGUAUCCAUGAGGCCAGGUGAGAAGAUCACCUCAGGCAGAAGGAUCCACAGGAACAGCAGAUCUGGCCUCCAGGAGCCUGCUGCUGCUGUUGUGGUGGCAGUGACAGCUGUGGCACUCUCCUUGGAGGCCAGAUCUGCCGUCUCCUCAGCAACACACACACACCCCCCGCUGCUUCUACAGUGGCCUCUUGGCCAAUAGGAGGCAUUGCUGGUCUCUUCCCACCCUUGUUCCAGAUGUCAAUCUUCACUUACCCCUUCUUCCUUGGUGGGGUGGGGUGGAUGCCAUUUUGUGGUUCGCCUCAGGUGCUAAAAAGGCUUAGUCUGGCCCUGGUAACAGUUUCCCACCUCUGAUACAGAACCUCUCCCUGUCUGCUUAUUUCCUGUUUCCUGGGGUUUUGUCUUUUAAACAAUGCAGGGCAGGGGUGAGGGAUUUUUUCACCCCAGCAGGCCAGCUGUUGUCCCUCACCCCUUGCAGGCCACAUUUGACAGAAGGGUGGGUGCCCACUUCAGCCGACCAUCUUUGCCCCACAGCAGAGCCCCUUUCAAAGCACUGUUUUGUGCAGUGCCUUGAAAGGGACUGUUGGAGAUCUGGCUGUCGGCUGGUGUCAGACAUGAUGUCAGCUGGAGGCCAGGGGGCUGUGGCUUAACUGAAAUGGACUUGUGGGCCCAAUGGGAGAGGUCUGGAGGGCCUAAUUAGGCUGGUAGGCUGAAAGUUCCCCACCCCUCCAAUGUAGAAGUUGUAAUCUCACACCGGCAGUCUGAAUUCAGUCUAUUCUACUUCCUCAUUCUGCUGUAUGUGUAGACCUGUGUGCUAGGACAGGGAAAUUGGGGGAGGCCCAUAGCUCAGUGGGAGAACCCCUGCACAAGGUCCCAGCUUCAAUCCCUGAAAUCUUCAGACAGGGCUGAGAAAGACCUUGGCCUGAGACCCUGAAGAGCCAGAUGGACCAAUGGUGUGGCUUGGAAUAAGUUCGCUUGCUAUGUUCCUUAUUUAUACCCUGCCCAUCUGGCUGGGCUUCCCUAGCCACUCUGGGCGGCUUCCAACAAAAUAUUAAAGUACAGUAGUUCAACAAAAGCUUCUCUAAACAGGGCUGCCUUCAGAAAAAGUCAUCUAAAAGUCUGGUAGUUGUUGUUCUCUUUGACAUCUGGUAGGAGGGCGUUCCACAGGGCGGGUGCCACUACCGAGAAGGCCCUCUGCCUGGUUCCCUGUAACUUGGCUUCUCGCAGUGAGGGAACCGCCAGAAGGCCCUCGGCACUGGACCUCAGUGUCCAGGUAGAAUGAUGGGGGUUCCCAGGUACCUUGUAGCUUAGAAAUUGCAUACCAGGCCUUGGGAAUAUGGACAUUUCAUUUGGUUUUGUGCUUGGCCGGUGCCUAAAAUCUAGUGCUGGAUCCUAAACAAAUGAAAGCUGGAAAUUCUGAAAUCCUUUCCAGGCCCCAUUGACCCCUCAGAGAAGUUGAGGUUAUUCCCCAGUUGAGCACUUUGAGUCAUCAAUAGUUGGUUACACAGGUUACCCUCCCCCCCCCACCAGACUAUUAGUAAAUCUCUUAAGGCAGCCCAUCCCAUUUUGUAUCUAGCAUUCCUUGGACUGAAGUGCACCAAGGCUGUGGUUCAGAGUAAUCAUUGAAAGCCCAAUAAUCAUCUGUGCUUCAUCAUGCGGAUGAAUGGGCUGCUUUGCACACAGAAGGUCCCAUAUUCAGUCCCUGGCAUCUCUAGGACUGAAACACAGAAGAGCUCUGACCAAUGAUGAGCCAAAUAGGCAGGUGGCCUGACAGAGGACACAGAAACCUCUCAGGAAGACACUCAGGCAUUCUUCACCUGUGACAUUUUGUGCGUCUUGUGUGUUUAUAUUUUGUUCAUUUAUUUACAAGAUGGCUUUUCCAUCAGCAUAAGUCUUCGAAGUGGCACACAGCAUGAAAAACAAUAAAACCCAAACAACCACAACAAUAAAGAAAGGUUUUUAAAAAAAACAUCCUAGUGCACAAACCAGCAGAAUAUUUCAAUAACUACAAUAUAGCCAUGAAUUGAGAUCCAGGGUGGGAGAAAAUCACUGUGGGAUAGCUUUUUCCAACGUUUAUUUUUUUGGGGGGGAUGCAGGGGUACGCAUACCCCUAAACAUUUUGUGAAUCUACGUUUGGCCUCAUUGAGGGGCAGUAUUUCAAUAUGAGUAGGAAAAUGAGAGCAUCCCUAAACAUGUUUUAAUGGGGGGGAAGCACUGGCUUUUUCUCCACAAGAGGAUACAGUGUACCUCUAGUUGAGGACACGAUCUGUUCUGGGGUGCCGUUUGACCCCCUGAAAAGUCCACAACUAGAGCGGUGCUUCUGCGCCAGUGCAGAGCACGAUAGGGUGCUUCUGUGCAUGUGCAAGUGUGCAGAACUCUUCAAAACCCAGAAGUAUACACUUCUGGGUUUGCCACGUUCGCAAGCCGAAAAGACACAACGUGAACCUAACACAAGAGGUAUGACUGUAUGUAAUAAAAUGAUGCACAAAGGUGUUUCCCUUGUCUGCCAUUGUUCUUUGGAACAUUUAUUAACGUCUUCCUUCUUUGCACCAUUAAUGCAAUGCUUCAACCUUUUCCUUAUGGCUGUUUCACAAGUGUCAAAUGCCAAGGGCGAUAUUUUUUUUUGGGGGGGGCUUUCAUAUUUCCAUAGACUUGCAAAUGAUUAAUACUGUGUGAAUCCAAAUAGCCAUAGGUAGAAAGUACACCCCCUUGGGGUUGUAGCGGGAAAGCUCAGUGAAGAUGGCAACCCAGGAUGUGGCAGCUGUGAAAAGGUGAAUGCCACGCUAGGGAAUAUCGGGAAUUGGAUUGAAGCUAAAACAGCCAGUGCCAUAUUGCCACGAUACAAAUCUGUGGUGUGACUACAUGUGGAAUACUUUGUGCAGUUCUGUUCACUUCUUUCACCUCAGAAAGGAUAUUAUAGUGUUGAAGAAGACGAAGAAAAGGGCAACCAAAAUUAUCAAAGAGAUGGAGCAACUUGCUAUGAGGAAAGAUUGGAACAUUUGGGGCUUUUUAAUACAGAAAAAUGGCAAGUAAGGAGACACACAAUAAAGAUGUAUAAAAUAAAGUGUGGUGUUGAGAACCCAACCAAAAUGACGAAUCAUUCUUUGAGGAUUAGAAACCUUUUGUAGGCUAGCUAAAGAACUAUUAUAGUUGCAUGAAAACGCAAGCAGGGUUUGAAAUACGAGAAGCAGUAGAAAGACGUUAAGCCUAAUAACUCAGGACAUACAUGGUGUGUUAAAAUAUGCAGCAUUAAAGGAAAAACAGAACAUCACGGGGUGGGGGGAGUCAAUGGAUAAAUUAAAGUGUGGAUGGUAAAGUAUUGUGGAUGGUAUGUAUGUAAACUUUUGAAAACUAAAUAAAAUUUAAAAGAGAAAGUGGACACGAGAGACAAUUCUUCCUCUUUUCAUGAUAUUAGAAUAUUUAAUGAAGUGGAAUAUCGAAAGAUUUAGGACAGGCAGAAGAAAGUGCAGCACAUAGUUAAACUAUGGAAUUCACUCACAGAAGAUGCAGUGAUAGCUUGAUUCGUCAGAUAUCUUUCAAAGCCAUCAGUGAUGACAGGCCGCGAUGGGUAUGGCCUACCUCCACUGCUGGAGACAGUGGGCCUCUGAUGACCAUUUCUUGGGAACUGCAAGCAGCAAGAAUGAUGUCGUCUUCAAGUUCUGCUUGCAGACUUCCUUCCUGUAGACCUCUGGCUGGCCAGGAUGAGGACAGGAUUCUAGACUAGGUAGGCCUUUGAUCUGAUCCAGGAGGACUCUUUUUAUGCGGGCGCUCUACAAGUGGGGUGCCACCACAGAGAAGGCCGCCUCUCAUGCCACCACUGCCCUCAACAGUGGGAUGCAGAAAAGAGCCGCCUCUGAAGAUCUUGGGGCCAUCUGUUUGAAUUUAAGGCCAUAUGUUCAUUACUUACUUAACGAGGCACUGUAAUGAACUGCUGUUCAUUAUCCACUUAAUUUCUCCAUUUCCACAUCACAUUUAUAUGUGGACAUACAUGGAUCGAACAACAUCUAAGUAUCAGUUAAUUGACUUUGAUAGCAGGUAUUAAGAUACUUGUAGUGCAAUUCUGUACAUGUCUACUCAAUAGUAAGCCUGGUUGUUUUCAGUGGGGCUUAAUCCCAGCUAAGUAUGUAUAGGAUUACAGUUUUAACUUCUUGUUUUGUGAGUUUAUGUAAGGGGGAGGGCUUUGUGUUUCUCCGUUUUGGUUAUUAAUUAUUAUUUGUGGGCCACUUUCCCCUAAACUUGUACCUAAAACAGCUAACAAUGCUCAGAAAGUAAAACACAACAACACACAUCAAAACAUGGGUUGGAGGUGAUGGCAACUGAAUUAGUUACCAUCACCUCCAGCAGCCACAUGACUGGGUCUUGCCUGGGAAUGGGUCUUCCUAACCUGCCUGAAAUUUUCAGUUGUCCCAUUUGCUCUCUCUGCUGUCCAGGCACUCAUUGCAGCAAAGGGAUAACAAGAGCACAAGAGCUAUCAAGCUCAGUUGGCAUGCUGUUUAUUAGAUGAGAAUCCAAUAUCCUCAUCACACCACCUGCCACCCUGCCUGCUGCUCUCCUGCAGCAAAUGAAGAGGGCUCCUGUUCCUUCAUCUCCAGACGUGACUCCCCAGAGCACCCUUGGCUGCUACCCUUGACUGCACAUCUGCAGUGUGUGCCAAAAGGACCAUCUAUGGCUGUGCUAUUAUAGUUGCAGGGUGGUAUCUGCACUGAACAGGGCCAGUAGAAUGGUCCUCAUGAGGAAUUUCCCUGCAAUAUUAGAGAGCAAUGUGAGAGUCGGUCUAUAUUUUGUGCAUGGCACUGGUGAGUUUUCCUCCCCAGCCUCCUGCUGUGUUGUUGAGUACAACUUGUGAGUUUUGGUAUCCUUGAUGAUUGGCAACUGUGGGAGGGAACUUUGUAGGGUAAAGUAUAGGGAAAGGUUCAGGUGGGGUCUGGGAAACUUGCCACAGGGACAGUGGCACCAUCUUCUGAAGAACGUUGAGGGGGCCUGACGCCACGUCCUGAUGUUACAUGUGCGAUGUUGCAUGAUGUCCUGACAUUGUUCUGAAGCCAGCUCCAUGUUUUGCCUCAACAAUGGGGGUCCCCGGCCCCUCAAACAAACACUGAGGGGCCCCAAAGUGCCUCAGCCCCCAGGAGCCAGCGCCUGUGUGCAGGGAUGUUAGCCUCCAUGCUGAAAGUAUUGUGCAGACUAGCUCUCAAGAUAAAACAGGGUCUACCUCAAGCUAUACAGAGAAUCUAGGAUGGUUAGAGUCCAAAAAUGUAAAACCUGAAAUUUAAGGAAGAAGAGGAGUCAUAUGUGUGUGUGGGGGGGGGUUAUUAAUGAUUGAAAAUGUUGAUUUGUUUCAAUUUAAUGCUGUUGGCUGUUCAAUGCCCAGUUCAUCGCUGGAGCCAUGUUUCAGAAAUGGCUGGCUCAUGGGACAGUAGGUCAUUUGCUUAAUUACAAGUACUGAUUUUUAAAUAGUAAAAUUUUCUCUAAAGAUCUCUCAUCCAUAUAUAUAUAUAUAUAUAUAUAUAUAUAUAUAUAUUUGCAUUUUCAAAAACAAGAACAGAGAGAACAUUUAACCCCCUCCCCUCCGCCUGUCCCACUUACAACUUCGUACCAAAUACAGCAUGUAUACACAUACCCUAUGACUUCCCUUCCACCCUUUUCCUGGUUCCUUUGCUUUCCUAUUACUCCACGUAAUGCACAUCUUUUUAAUCAUCAGAUUUGUUAUCUAUUAAAUACUCUUAUCUAUUUCAACUGCUGGUUUUACACGAGACCUGCUAAGCCAUGUAUUUCUCCAUACUGGUUCUUGAAAUAGUCAAUAAACAUUAUCCGUUCCUCCUUAUAUUCCUUAUCUUCGUUUUCUCUUAUCCUGUUUGUCAGACCAGCCAGUUCAACAUAUUCAAACAUUUUACACUGCCAUUCUUCCUUAGUGGGUGCUAGACUUGUUCUCCACCUUUGUGCCAACAAGGUUCUCAAAGAUCUCUUACGCUGAUGUUCUCUGGGCUCACAGAGCAGCAUCUUUGUUUUCAGCCAGAGCAAAGGCAGAUUCCUUUGGGCAGGAGUUGAUGUGGUUGCGCACUUGAAAUCAAUAGGUGUGCUUGGGGUUGUUGUUGUUCAUUGGUGACAGGUGUUUGGUAUUUCUCAAAGAAAGAAAUUAUUCUGUCUUUUUGUGACUUGCCCUGAUUAUUCUUUUAACUUCUCUACGCUCUAUGUUUCUUAGGGGAAGCUGCGUGCUAGAGUGGGAAAGAUGAGGUGAUUCUUUUGUUGUUUAUCGAAUAAGUGCUUGUGGAAACGAAACAGACAAAAGCACUACAGAAUUUGCAACGAGAAUUGCACCACGGAAGCAACUUUUAAAUGUUACAAAAUUAGGAUGAGCAAGGUCACUUCUAGGUUAGAAGAUUAGAAGGUUAGAAGAUUCGAUGCCAUAACUUAAAACAGCUACUGCAAACCAGUGUCCUUUGACAAGGACCCGGGACAGACAGGAUGCUUUGAAAACACCUGCCGCCCCUAUAGGCAUGUACCAGUUGCUGGGGCAGCUCUGUAAAUCAUGCCUGUCUGGGGGCAGGGCUGCCCGCAGCAAGGCCACCACCAAAAGGGGGGGGGGCAACCAAUGGAAAUAGUCCCUCUGGGGCUCCACUUCAGGGGCGGAACGAGGGUGUGGGCCAGCCCACUUGUGCUAAAAUUAUUGUUUUAAUGAGGAUGGCGUUUUCACUGCAGUGGCUGUUGUUUAUUUGGUUGUGAGGUUGUUUUAAAUGAUCCUCAAGUGUCAUAUUGGGGACGCAGGUGGCGCUGUGGUCUAAACCACUGAGCCUCUUGGGCUUGCCGAUCAGAAGGUCGGCGGUUCAAAUCCCUGCGACAGGGUGAGCUCCCGUUGCUCGGUCCCUGCUCCUGCCAACCUAGCAGUUUGAAAGCACGUCAAAGUGCAAGUAGAUAAAUAGAUACCGCUCCGGUGGGAAGGUAAACGGCAUUUCCGUGCGCUGCUCUGGUUUUGGUGUUCCAUUGCGCCAGAAGUGGCUUCGUCAUGCUGGCCACAUGACCCAGAAGCUGUACGCCAGCUCCCUCAGCCAUUAAAGCGAGAUGAGCGCCGCUACCCCACAGUCGUCUGCAACUGGACUUAACUGUCAGGGGUCCUUUACCUUUACCUUUAAGCGUUAUAUGUUUGUUUGUAUUUUGUAUUUGUAUUUUUUUGGUUUUAUAAGGUUGUCUAAUAUUUUACAACCUUUUAAAUAUGUUAAUGUUUCAUUCUUUUUGUUUUAACUAUUUACCUUGUAUUUUUAUUCUGUGAAACAACAACAACAUCAGGAAGCCUUUCUUUGUGUGCCUCCUCCAUGAAAGGUCUGGAGGGCAGCAACACAAAACAGGGCCUUUUCUGCUGUGGCUCCCCAUUUGUGGCAUGCUUUCCCCAGGGAAGCUCGCCUGGUGCCUUGGUUACAUAUCUUUAGGCACCAGGUGAAACUGUUCCUCUUCUGCCAGGCCUUUAGCUAAUUAAACAAUCUAUGGCCUUUCAAAUUGUACGUGUCACCUAUUGUACGUGUGUUGCUACUGCUUUAUUUGUUAUUGUGGUAUGUAACUUCGUGUUUUUAAAUGGUAAAACUCCCUGUGGUCCUCAGAUGAAGGGUGGUAUAUAAAGUAAAGGUCUUUUUUAAGGGGAAGGGGGAAGAAGCGCCUCAGUGCUGCCAUGGGGAGAAGGUAAGAGACUUUCUCUUUUACGUUAGAUUACCCACAGCUUUGCAUGUUGCCAAAUCUGAUGGACUGCAGCUAAUCUUCACAAUUGUUUGCUGAAACAAGCCAAAUUCAAACUGUAGUUUAUGAAGCUGGUUUGUUUCAACAAACCAUUGUUAAGAUUAGCCAUGGGUUAGGAUUGUUUAAUCUCACAAAAACUGGGGUGAAUGGAAAUUGGAAGAGAAAGCUUUCUAAUCCCUUGAAGUUGUGCAGGCAGAGCUCAUCUUCACUGCAGCUCAUCUUCGCAAUGCCAAACCAUGGUUCAGCUCUGUGUGUGAAGUGGCUCACGAAAAGAUCUCACAAUAUGGAAUAGUUCCAUGUGUUUACCUUGAUUAAACUUCCUUCUAAAUCGUGUUUGGAGCCCCAUAGAGCCUUAUUUACCACGUCUCUUUAUUUGCUCAUUAACAUUAUUGUGAGAAACUUCACUUUUCUUCAGUAGUAACCAGUUGCGUUCCCAAAGAGCAUAAUGCUCGCUUUUUAAAUGAUAUUGUGCAAUUAUCCACGAGAAGCAGUAGUUACAGAUUCUUUACUUUUGUGUUAAACUACAUGAGUCUUGGAGAGAUUAAUGAUCCCUUCUGUGCUUGGUAUAGAGAGAGACUCUUAUAAUUACCUGCCUACCAAAUAUAAAAACCAUGUUAAUUUUGACAAAAACGAAGGAGUGUGUUUUACAAGCAGUUGGAUAUGUCAGUUGGAUAUUUAGUAAGCACUACAAGAUUCCAAGUGAAAAUUCUAUGGUAUGUCAAUCUGAUUUUUCAGAGUGUGUUAUCUAGCUUGCUUUACAUGCUUCUCUAUUAUUAUUUUACCCGUAUUUAUCACAUUUGUAUCCUGUCACUUCCACCAGGAAGAUCUCAGGGUAGUGUAUAUGGGCGCAUCUAACUCUUUCCUCAGUAUGAUCCCGUGGAUUAGGUGAGGCAGCGUAAGGGUGUCUUGCAUAAAGCAACUUAAUAAGAUUUCUGGAUAAGCGGAGGCACAGAUCCAGGUCCGUGUCAGCAUAGAUCACACUCCAGUGUCAACACAGAGGCCUGGUUUCAUGUCCCACUAAGCCAAACCAUUGGUUAUUGUGAAUGUGGGAGCAUGCAGCCUCCCUGAAGGGGAUCGCGGUUGCUUUUCUCCUCCCUGAUCGUUUUACUACUGCACCAUGCUGAGCUAAGCCAUGGUUUGGUUUAACACGUUUUCUAAAUCUGGACUCAUGGCUUAGCUCUCUCUAGACUAACAUUGAGCUGAAACAAGGGACUCAGCUACACAGCUGCAAAUGAAACGUUUUAAAUGUGUUGUAAAGUGCAAUGUAUAAAUGUGGCUCUAGAUGGUGACAGUGAGCUAUGCAAAAUUCAAUGUAUUUUUCAAAACUGUUUUUAAAAAGCAUUUUCACAGCGUUUUUUAUAUGUGUGUAGAUUCCAUUAAAGUUUGCCCUAUAGUGUCAAGUGCACGGUUUGUCCAGGAGAGCUAAACCGUGAGCCUGUGUUCUCCUUUCCUGGAGCCUCUGCACACACACAUUUGCACUAAGUCGUGAUCUGGCUUAGCAUGCAGGUGACCAAUCUCAGACCCUGGCGCCAAAUUUGGCCCAUGAGACUCUACCUAGGCAAUGCCUUUCCCAUACCACAGCCAAUGGGCCCCAUAUUAAGGAAUUAGUUUUUCUCACUUUGCAGGAUUGAUGCUGAUUAUUAAAUUUUAUAUUCUGGCCUUCAUCAAAGGGUGCUUCACAGAAUAAAAUACAAGAUAAAACACAAGUAAGUAAUUAAACUAAAACAACAAAACAAUAACACCCCGCCCCCAGACACAUUUAAAAGGCUGUAGGAUAGGCAUAGGCAAACUUGGCCCUCCAGAUGUUUUGGGACUACAGUUCCCAUCAUCCCUAGCUAACAGGACCAGUGGUCAGGGAUGAUGGGAGUUGUAGUCCCAAAACAUCUGGAGGGCCAAGUUUGCCUAUGCCUGCUGUAGGAUGUUAAUCAGUCAAAGGCCUGGUUGAAGAGGAACGUAUUUGCCUGGCACCUAAAAAUAUAUAAUGAAGGCACCAGGUGAACCUCCCUGAGGAGAGCACUCCACAAACAGGGAGCCACCACAGAAAAGGCCCAUUCUCGUGUUGCCACCCUCCAGACCUCACGUGGAGGAGGCACAUGAAGAAGGGUCUCAGGUGAUGAAAGCAGAGUCUAGGACGGUUUGUAUGGGCAGAGGCUGUCCUUGAGGUAUUGCAGCCCUGAGCUGUUAAAGGCUUUAUAGGUCAACACCAGCGCUUUGAGCUGGGCCUGAAAGCUAAUUGGCAGCCUGUGUAGUUGGGCCAGGAUCAACGUAAUAUGCUCAGACUGUCUGGCCCCAGUGAGCAAUGAUUCAGCAGCUACUAAGCUGUAAUAAAGCUUCCUUUUCUGUAUCAACAUCAACUGUGAGCCUGUGACUUAUAGCACUGCAGGGUGCAGUGACUCAGCCUGUGCUAAGGGUAGUACUUCUUUUGCAUAUGAAUAUGUGUAGCAAAAAACCCUUCAACAUAGCUUAUAAACAUUUAUGUGCUGCACAGUGCCGAAAACUUUCAUUAGUUGACUUUGGUCCCAGAAAUGAGGCCAAUGGGGACAGGACUGGUAUUUGGCAUGAGUAAAUCAAUGUUGACUAUUUCACUAUUGACAGUGUUGGAUUGGACUAAUGGCACCCAUAUUUCUGAAUGGCUUUCAGAUGUGUUACCAAGAUGGUCACCCUUCUGCCAUUUUCUGCUUCUCACUAAUGCACCAGAAGCUGGGCCUUGCAAACCCCUUUUCUUCUACAUAGAUGACCUCCCAUGGUAAACCUGAGGUCCUGGGAGCUGGGGCUGGGGGAAAGCAGAAAUGACUGCACUUGCUUUAAUUUUCUAUUAUGCCAUGGCCUCACAGCACUUUCUCAAAAUUCAAAAUGUGCUUGCUGGUCCAAAAAGUCUAGCAACCCCUGAUGUAACAGUCCAAAUAUUUUGGAAAUAAUUUCUUAGCAGACAUGUUUCUCUGGUGAUGGAAAUGGAAAUGGUUUGUGAUCAGAGUUAGUAAUAUGAAUGAAGUUUGAUAAGGAUACUGUAAAAUGUGAUUAAUAAAAUCUCAAUGCAUUUACAUCUCUUCCGGAUGAAUACUUCAUAGUAAAGGGGGAUAAAACUGGAGAGUGCCACAAAGAUCAAAGUCUCCUCCCUUUGGGUUGGUGCAAUUUGGUGCGUGGCAGUCAGAUGGCUAAACAGUCGUCUGGCCUAGUAAGACGUUAAUGACGUAUGUGCUGGAGAUUAUUGUUUCCAAACAUGCAGUUUUUCAUUGUAUAGAAUAUAGAAUGGUUGGACAGAAUGGUUUUCUUGUAGCAGAAAACCAUUAUAGAUAAAGAUUAGGCAAGGCUUUUUGGAACCCACUUUGUUGAAGGCCACAACAGGGAGGGCUUGUGCUCUCUGAUGGGAGAUACCAAUGUUCACCUGCACACAGAAAAUGUAAGGACCUUGGAUAACUAAAAAUCUUUCCCUGCCAUGGCUGAAGAUUUUUUUAAAAAAUUACUAUGGUGGGGUGUUUUAGCUAUGAGUAUUAUCUGGGGUGUUUCCUGCCCAAUUUAUAUCCUGAUAUGCUUUCUCUAAAUAAACUUUUGUUCUUCAAGAUCACUCAUCGCACUGGGUUAUUGUAAGUCUCUAAUCCACCCGUGAGCUGUAUCCUUGCUUGGGACCACACCACUUGACCAUUGUAUUCAGAAAGAGGGAAUCUGGUUGUCCUUGCCCCUAAAUGGUCCUUGCCAUCCCUCUCCUCUCUAGGCAAGCUCCACUGUUACACCCACCAACCCAAGGGUUGGGAAAAAGUAAAGGAGGGUACCAAUUAGGACUUCACUGAGUUCUGUGUGAGACCUAUCCUGGGUUCUGCUUCUUGGUCACACACGAGUGUGACAGAAAGUUAUGAAAUGGUUUUUCAACAUCCAAUAAAAUUAUUCAAUAUUUAAGCUUCAUAUAUGAUAUAUGCACAAUCCUCUGCUCUAAUGGGGAACAUAGAAAACUGUUUUAUACCAGAUCAAACCCAGUAUUGUCUAUUCUGACAUAAUUUUCCAGGGCCUCAGGUAGAGAUUGUUUCCAUCUCCUGGGUAUUUUUAACUGGUGAUGCCACACUGAGCCAGGGGCUUCCUGUAAGCAAAGCAUGUGACCUAACACUAAUUCGGGGUCUGUCUCAAUGUUUUGCACAUUGAGAUCACACAAGGUGUCAAUUUAAUGACAAAACGUCAUUUGAACUUUGAGGCUUAGUUAAUGCGUUGAAUGCUUGUGGUGGAAGGACUUUAACAAAGUCCUCCCUUUGCUGAAAAGAGACGAAAUCAAAAGAAGAAAAGGAGCAGUCGAACACCAUGCGGACUGCAGGCAGCAAGUGAGGGGAGGAGGCGAAUGAGCCAGAUUAAAUGCAGCAGACAGCCUGAAACGGAUGUCUUAAGUCCUCUGGAUGUGUGCGUGGGUGUCUGCUUGGGGAAGAGCAAGCCGCGGGAUGAGGCGAGUGGAUCUGCAUGCAGUCCUUGUAAAUAUUUUAGCAGAAAGCCUGGCAUGGGCAUUUCCCCGCAAUGGUUUUGCAGUGAAGGGACAGCUAUUUUGGCACAGAGGCAGUCCGUUGAGUACCUUGUGGCCUCAGCAAAAUGUACGUCUGUUGAUCAGCAAAAUGUGCAGCAUCAGCCAUUGCCAUUCCUAAAUUAAUGGGAAAAGCAAAGGUCGCAGAGGAUCUUUGUAGCCAGGGGGUGUUUUCCUACAGCUGCUGUAAAUCAGAGAGCACCGUGCAGGACCACAGGCACUUCUUACAAACCCACUUUGAACAACUGGCUUUUUAUUGUUGUCAGUAGCCAGGAAAGCCUGAUGUUCAUUUGAGGGAACAAAGCCUUUAGUCUUUAUGGACACAGAGGUUCAAUUAGAAAGUAUGGUGGCAAGAACUUGGGAAAGGAGAAGGAAAAUUAAAAGUGGUCAAAGCCUGUAUUAUUGUACCAAUAUGUUUUGAGGAGGAUGCUUGAGGAUUUGCGUAUGAAGGAUUCCUAAGAACAUACUUAUCAGCUAUGGCCUGGCAUCUCCUAUGUAAAUCAUGACGUUACUAGAAUUCAAAAGUUAUCAAGGACCCUUUACUCUGAGCUGGUGUUUGUCAUCUGGAAAACACUUGACCGUUUGCCAGUCCAGACACAGUUGCUUUGCCCUCUCUCUUGGAUGUUGACGGGUUGACCCUAGUCUCUUAUUAGACAUUCUUGGUCCUCUUGUUUUGGUUCACUUCUUGAAUAGCUCUUUGUGUCUUCCUUUGGAUAUUUACCGUCUCAAGUUUUCUGGCUGUUACUUAAGUUAGAUACAGUAGCUCCUUAGUGGUCUGGAUGAGGCCUGAUGAAGAGAUUUGGUCCUACAUUCUUCUUCAUAGGGAACAGAUGUCUUUACUGUGCCUGCUUGCUUAGUCUCUUUUGUGGGACAAAUCUCUCCCUCUUUCAUCAUACCUUGGCAGACAUUUUCUUCCUCUGAGUCCUGGAAACAUCAGCAUGACCCCACCAAGAUCAAGUAGCUGUACUCUGGGGCAUGAAACAGAGACAGGCUGCAGCAACUACUCCCAGAAAUCCCAGCUGAGUGUCUUUCUGCAUCAGGGAUGGGGCUGAGACUACCAGUUCCAGAAUCCCUGGACAGAAAACUUUGCUAUUUGCAUUAUUCCCACCAGGGAGAAUACAGUGGUGCCUCGCAAGACGAAUGCCUCGCAAGAUGAAAAACGCGCAAGACGAAAGAGUUUUCCGUUUUUUGAGUCGUUCCGCAAGACGAAUUUCCCUAUAGGCUUGCUUCGCAAGACGAAACGUCUUGCGAGUUCUUGCGAGUUUGUUUCCUUUUCUUAAAGCCGCUAAGCCGUUAAUAGCCGCUAAGCCGCUAAUAGCUGUGCUUCGCAAGACGAAAAAACCGCAAGACGAAGAGACUCGCGGAACGGAUUAAUUUCGUCUUGCGAGGCACCACUGUAUUAUCAAAGGGCCUCCCUGCACCCAUGCAGGAAUAAUGCAAAUAGUUUUUUUUACCCCACUGGGGAUUCUGGGACAGGUAGUCCCAGUCCCAUCCCAGUCAGGGAAAGAUAUCCUGCUGGGACGACCUGUCUCCGUGUUACCCAGCUUUGAGGGUUGAAGAAGGGACAAUGUUGCUUCGUUGGCAAAAUCUGCCUUCCGUCUCUGACACUCUGUAGUCUGGUCCUCAUUGACCGGAAAUUUGCUGAGCUCAUUACUCUGCAAGUCGUAUGCAAGCAGCUCCUCCACACAUAACUUGCCUGUGUUAGGCAUUUGGCUACUCCGAAAAAUAAUGGCACUUUUGCCUCUUGGUUAGUGCAUCCUCUAGGCAGGACUGGCUAAUCUGUGGUCCGUCAGAUGUUGUUGGGCUACAACUCACCACAGCCCUGGCCAUUGAUUUUGUUGGCUGGGGCUGCUGGAAUUGGAGUCUAAUAAUAUCUGAAGGGCUGUAUAUUAACCACCCCUGCUGUAGCCCUAGGAAGUUAUUCCCUCAAGCAUCUUUGCUGUCUGAAGGAAUGCUUCUCUGCCUUUGCUAAACCCAGAGCAGAAGGAGAGGGAUGGAGGCUUUUUCUUAGCAGACUGUACAGGUGAAACUCGGAAAAUUAGAAUAUUGUGGAAAAGUUCAUUUAUUUCAGUAAUUCAACUUAAAAGGUGAAACUAAUAUAUGAGAUCGACUCAUGACAUGCAAAGCAAUGUCAAGCCUUUAUUUGUUAUAAUUGUGAUGAUCAUGGCGUACAGCUGAUGAAAACCCCAAUUUAACAAUCUCCAAAAAUUAGAAUAUUAAAUGAAAUCAGAAGAAGAAGAAGAGUUUGGAUUUGAUAUCCCGCCUUUCACUCCCCUUCCGGAGUGUCAAAGCGGCUAACAUUCUCCUUUCCCUUCCUCCCCCACAACAAACACUCUGUGAGGUGAGUGGGGCUGAGAGACUUCAAAGAAGUGUGACUGGCCCAAGGUCGCCCAGCAGCUGCAUGUGGACGAGCGGAGACGCGAACCCGGUUCCCCAGAUUACAAGACUACCGCUCUUAACCACUACACCACACUGGCUCUCAGCAAAACAAGGACUGCAAAUAGAGCAAUAUUGGACCUCUGAGAAGAAGCAGCAUGCAUAUGUACUCAGUACUUGGUUUGGGCCCCUUUUGCCUCAAUUCCUGCCUCAAUGCGGCGUGGCAUGGAUGCUAUCAGCCUGUGGCACUGCUGAGGUGUUAUGGAAGACCAGGAAGCUUCAAUAGCAGCCUUCAGCUCUUCUGCAUUGCUUGGUCUCAUGUCUCUCAUCUGUCUCUUGGCAAUGCCCCAUAGAUUCUCUAUGGGGUUCAGGUCAGGCGAGUUUGCUGGCCAAUCAAGCACAGUAAUCCCAUGGGCACUGAACAUUUCCACGAUAUUCUAAUUUUCUGAGUUUCACCUGUACAUUUACCAGGAAAAACAUCAACUUCCUCACCACUAUUGCUCCACUCAAAGUAGUCAUCUGGGCUGGGCAUGGCUGGUGACAAGAGACUAUGACCCACCAGGCUAUUGUGAUAGGUUCUUUCUUGAGACUGCAAUGUGUAAGCUAGGGGAGAAGGGGAAGCAAGUUCUGAACUUUAUCACACAACUUGUAUUCUGAAUUGCAGUCUCUGUCUGGGACACUGACUAGGAUGCUUUUGCCGUAGCUGGUUCCCUUCAGCAAAGCUCCAGAAUCAUCCUCCUAUAGGUGUGUUUCCAGUUCAAACACUUGUUUCCUUGGGGAGCGUCUCAACAUAGAAGCAGCAUGGCCUUGUUCUCCAAGCCAACAGAAGGCAAUGAUAGCAACUGCGGCCAUUGGGGCAUGGAGCACCAUCACUGACACUAGGCUUGCCAUACGUCAGGAAAAUUCCUGACAUGUCCUGGUUUCUGGGUGUAAAAAUGGCGUUGGGGGGAAUUUUGCAGAAUUGGUGAAAUGUCAGCGAUGUAUGGCAACAUGAUGGGAGAAGCAGUGGAAACAGCUCAAAAAAGUACUCUUUUGGGGAUAGGUUUCCCCCAAAAAUUUACUUUUUGAAAUACGGCAACCCUACUCACCCAAUCCCUUCACUCCCCUGCAACGUCUUCACUGGCCAGUCUUUAUGUAAGGUCUUAUAUAAUAGGAGAUCAUUGCUGCAAAAAAGGUGAAGGAAAGGAAAAACCCCUGUAUUGAAAACUGCAUUGCCAUAUUUUUAAGGCAAAUAUUUGAUUUACAGUGGAUUAAUGUACUCAGAUGGACUGUCUAAUCCAGAAAGGUCAGGUUGGACCAGACAAAAUGACCUACGUCACCCAACACUGUACUCUUCUUGACAGUGGACUAAAAUAUUUUAGCUAUAUUUUCUUUUAAUCAGGAGGCCAGCUAAGGAGCAAAUAUCUUAACACAGCUAUUUGUGCAUGAUAGUAGUGUAUAUAUAGCAACAAUCAGCUUGAAUUAUCUACUCCAGUUAAUGGUCUUUGAAACAUUCCAGUUCUUGCUUGCAGCUGACUUCCUUUCCGAGUUCUUUGUUCCAAAAUCUUCCUCCAAAAAAUGAUGAUCUCUGCUUCUUGGAGGAUUAAAUGCUGGCACCAUUUCCUGUGGUUUAUGAUAUUUGGGGUGCUUUUCUUAAACCACUGUAUUUCAGUUUAAUCAAAAGCAGGUAAUUCAAAUCAAAAUACCCAAAGAUUACAAAAUAAGAUCCGCUACUGGUUGAUGGGACUUCAGAUAAAAUAAAUGAGAAUUUCUUAGCCUCCACCCAGUUUUCUGGGGUGAAAAACAUGCUCCAUGUGCACUUUUCAUUGUGCAAUUUACACAUAAGUGUACAUGGUAGUCCUUCUAUGACAUCUGUAAAGUGUCUCCAAAUUUCAGACAGUAGGGACUUACCAUUUUCCUUCUGGAAACAAAAAACCGUCUGGGGCAUAAAAUACCCCAGAAAUGCAUUGAGUUUUGCCAUUAGGGUGUGUUUAUUACUGUAGACUAUGCUGGAAGAUUAGGAUACCCCAUCAUUUUUCCAUAGGAAAAUGGUCUGAGAAACGUCAGGAAACCAUGGGUGUGUGUCAGCAGGUUGGCACAAAGCACAUGAUGUUGUCUGGGGACCAAGCAUAGUUGUCUUGCAGGUUUCUGAAUGGGGUGACAAACAUACCUCAAAAAACUGUUAUUGUUAGUUUUCAGCUGAAAGGCAUUUCUUAAGAUUUUAUGAUAUUUUCAAUAUUUUCACCUUCAAAGAUAGUUUUCGUUGCUUGUUAAAAGGGCAAAUUGUGUUGCUUAUUCCAUGUGCAGGGGCUACUGGUUGCUGCACAGAACAGUUCUACCAUCUCUGAGUGUUUUCUAGUUCUGGGUGCUUUGGUUUUGUCCAGGACGCUUAUUAUUAUUACAAUUUGUUAAAUGUGCACAUCCUCUCACACCACAGAUGUGAAUUAUUUUCUGGGGUCUAAAAUCUCCAACAUCCAUUGGAAAUCUCACGGCAGUAGUAAAAACAUCCUCAAAACCUUUAGUCUGAUUUUCUUUUUGUCUUUUUUAAUACACCGCAAAGAGGAAAUGAAACCAUCAAAUUGAGGAUAAGGGACUGAGCUGCUCCCUUUUCAUACUUCUGUGCAGCCAGCACUAGAAGGUCGUUAGUUCUCCUCUAGGGAGGAAGACACUGCAGAAAGCAGUCAACCAGCAUCAAUCCAAAUAAGCGAAUUGUACUACCAGAAGUAAUGUCACUGCCCUGGAAUGCCUAUGGGAAAUUAUCUUCUAGUUCUGUUUCAGCAAGCUUGUGAUUUUUAAAACACAGCAGUCCUCUAGAUCUGUAGUCUUCAGUUUGAAGGAGCUGGGAAUAUGAAAGCUGCACCUGGAACUGCACUCUUAAGAGUUGUGUCAAAGAGGAAAUUCCAGCAGGUAUUAUUUGUCAUGCAAGUCAGCAUCCAAUACAAAAUAAUAAUAGUUGGCACUUUUAUGCUGGGAAUAUUUCUGGACGUUGAAGGAAAGAAGGUACUGGGAGUGGUUUGGAAAAUUUUCUUGAAUUUAGGGUAGAUCCCAAGGGAGAUGAAUCAGGAGAGCAGUACCAGUAGCUAACUGGGAGGUCUCCCACCAGUGGAGAGCUCAGCUCCAGUUCACUGCAAACUAGAGAACUUUUCAGUUAAUAGAAUUGGCUGCCAAAGAGGAAGCAGCUUACCAGAGCUUGGCUAUAGAGGAAAUUGGAUAUUAUUGACAUGUGUAGGGAGCAUUUGGAAAUCAUCAUGCCAGAAGAAAAUGCUUUUACCAAGGUUGGCGCUAAGGGCUGGCACAAAUGGGCCCACAUCUCAGCAGGAAGCCCCCUGACAAGAGCCCCUGGUCAUGUUCUUCUACCAUUUGCAACCUGCUUGUUUACGGACCUUUCUCUUCUAGCCCAGACAGAGCAGUAGGCCAAGGGGGGUUAGUGGAUGUUGCUGUCUGCUUCCUCAUCAGCUCUUUGGUACUACUGGCUCACCAGACAGUGAUGAAGGAGAGAAAAAUGGCGGUGAGGAACAUGAUUUGUUUCAAGAGGGGGAGCUGUGAAGGGUGCCUUGCCCAAGGACCCUCCAAAAUCUGGACAUGGCACUGGCACCUGAAGGUGUUUCAGCCUGAUCCUGUAACCCCUGGGACUGAAGACUGGCUGCACCUCACUUUCCAGCUCUUGAAAAAGGACUCCUUCGGCAACUGACACCUUCUGCAUCAAUGGCUGCCUUGUGCUCUUCUUAGUAAAUUAGAUAUUUAUUACAGAAUUGUGGCCUUUUGCACAGUGAUGCUGUGGAAGAUUGGGUUGCCAUACGUCCGGGAAAACCUGGACAUGUCCUCUUUUGGGGGGCCAACAUUCAUUUUUUUGUUUUUUUGUUUAAUAAUUUUUAUUAAUUUUCCAUUAAAAAUAUCCAGUCAAUAACAAAUCAAAUCAAAUCAUAAUCCAAUUCAAAAAAAGAAGAAGAAGACCAAAUUACAAUCCAAAUUAUUAAUUACUAAAUUUCAAACAGAAUUCCCAUAUUCUGGGCCUCUGAAGAAUCAUCUCACACAAUUAUAUACUUCUGCUUUCUUCUUGUUGUGCUCAUAUUUUCCACAUUCCGAUCUUAAACUCAAAAGUCCUCAGUCCCUGGUUGAUCGAUUCUCCUCAUGUUAAACAGCCAUGCGUCCUUUCAUCUGCUAAGUACAGUUUGGUGUGUGUAUCCAGGCAGAUUUUUACAUUUUAAAGGAAAUGUCUGGGUUUUUCGGGCUCAGGCUGUUUUGCUCACCAUGCAUGCCUCUUUCGCUGGCUCGGGCUGCCCUCUUUUUUGCUCUUCAUGAUACGGUUCUUCAUGCUUUGCUGUGAACCACUUUGAAUGUAGUAUAUAUUGAAUGACUGAAAUCACUGAAGAAGAGGCUUGGUCCCUCUAUACCAGUGGUUUUCCAAGGGUGUGGUGUCUCACAUUAGUGUGAGAGGUGAGGAUGGCAAGUGUGGCAGAAAAAGAUUCAAGGACAAUCAAAGAAACAUUUAAACAUUUCAGUGUAGUGUAGUAUCAAAAUGCGUGGUCCUCUUUUUGUAGAAUACAGACAGAUAUCUUUUCCAAAUGAGAGCAAGAACAUCAAUUGAUACUAAGGACAAUCCUAGAUGUGAUCCAGAAUCACUGUUCAAACAUUUAUAAUUAUAUUUUGGGACUAUUCAUCUUCUUACGUAGCUGCAUUGUUUUAUGCUUUUUGGGUGUCCUAUGAUCAUAAAAUAAAGUAGUUGUGUUCUAGGUUUUAAAUCAAGCACUGCUAGGUGCAGUUUCUUUUUGUUUUCCUUUUUUCAUAAUAUUUUAUUGAGCUUUCCAAAUUAAUAAUCCAAUAAGAACCACAUUAUAUUCUGAAUUACAAUACAAUAAAAAGGGCCGAAUAUAUUGCCAAAUUAUAUAUCUUUGGGUGACUUCCCAUGCUCUGAAUUUCACGGAGUGCUAAUCUGUUUCCUUUUGUUUUCCAACGUAUUUCUUCUCAAUUUAAAAAAAAUGGUGUGGUGCGAACAAAUCUUCAUUCUGAAAGUAUGACCCAGAGAAAAAAGUUUGAGAACCACUACUCCGUACUGAAACCGGCUGUAUAGACCAGCAGAGCCAACACUGUACUGUCUGGAUAUAGUUGGGCUCCCAGCUUCCAUCACCCCCAGCCAGAAUGGCCCAGGGUCAAGGAUGCUAUGUUUGCUGGAACAUGGCUGUUACUAUUAAAUAGCCACUUAAGUACAUCAGAACCACGCAAGAUUUCUUUUUUAAAAUUAAUAAUAAUACUCCAUCUGCUGGGAAGCAUUCUAAGGACUGUACUGCAAAGGGUGAACAUGAGAUGUGUGUGAUAUUGAUAGACUUUCUUCCAAGGUUGAACCUUAGUAUAAUGAGAAUCUGAUCUGCUGAUAAGAUAGUAGCAUGAGCUAGAUUCCUGCACAGGUAGGGAUAUCAUUUUAUUCCUGCAAAGCUUCUAGUGACCAAGAUAGACAGGUGAUACCAGAAACAUUUGCUGUUUAUAGAUCCUGUCCUUUUGUGACUCUUGAUAAGUUUAUCUAUCCAAAAUGCAUACCUGAGUGUUGUUGAAUUCAAAGCUGACACGGCAUGAAAUCGCUUUUAGUACUUUGCCCAAGCCAAGCUUGGCAGCGCAGGAUCUUGCAGAAUCCUCAUCCUUGUGAAACUCUUUCUACAUUUUUCUCCUCAAGCCCAAAGUUCCUUGAAAGCCAUCAUGGUAGGAAAGUGAGUUUUCAGGGUGAAGGGUGGGCUGAAAGGACUAGGAGGACUAUGUUGGAACCAGGCUUACUGACCCAUGCAGUACGCUUCCUGAAUUGCUCAAACACUAUAUUCCCUCAUGUGUGUCUAUAUUAUGUGAGAGCCUUUUCCAGAGGAAGUCACACGUGAAACUUGAAUGUGAGGUCUGCAUGCCAGAUUUGAGCUGCCCCAUAGAUUUGGCCCAGGGUUCCUUAGGCAGAUUUGGUCAACGUCUUUGACUGGGUCUGUGGGCUAUUCUCUGAUGAAUGCCAUCUCCUAUGGCUGGCUGGGCAUGUAGGAAGCCACUCUGUGGAGUAUGUAAUGUAGUUUUGGAUUUUGGCAACUUUCUCUGCUUUGGCCAUGAUGGUCCCUGACUAGGCAUUCAAAAAAUGAUCGAAGCCUCGUUCCUGUCAUGGCCUGUGUUGUUGUUGUUUAGUCGUUUAGUCGUUUAGUCUUUUAGUGGUGUCUGACUCUUCGUGACCCCCUGGACCAGAGCACGCCAGGCACUCCUGUCUUCCACUGCCUCCCACAGCUUGGUCAAACUCAUGCUGAUAGCUUUGAGAACACUGUCCAAACAUCUCAUCCUCUGUCGUCCCCUUCUCCUUGUGCCCUCCAUCUUUCCCAACAUCGGGGUCUUUUCCAGGGAGGCUUCUCUUCUCAUGAGGUGGCCAAAGUAUUGGAGCCUCAGCUUCAGGAUCUGUCCUUCCAGUGAGCACUCAGGGCUGAUUUCAUGCAGAAUAGAUAGGUUUGAUCUUCUUGCAUUCCAUGGACUCUCAAGAGUCUUCUCCAGCACCAUAAUUCAAAAGCAUCCAUUCUUCGGCAAUUAGCCUUCUUUAUGGUCCAGCUCUCUCCCAGUCAUGGCCUGUAGUGGGGUUUAAACUGGCCUCCUGCUUCCUACACACCUGUUACACAGCGAAGUAAUAGAAAGUGCACCUGUAAGAGAUGGUGUUGUGGCUUCUUCCUUUGUCGGCUCUCCCUGUUCUUCCUUUCCAUACCUGGAAAAAGCCUCCUUUGAUCUUGGUAAGUUCAUGGCUGCGGUACCUUUAUUUAGGUACCAUACGGGGUCAUAGCCACAUCAAAAAUGGAUCGCAAUAACAGCACACUCAAAUGGAUGGUGAAAAUUUAAGAAAGGUGUUCCCCAAUGCAUGUUAGAGUUAAAGCUGGAUCUGAGGUUGGAAAUGGGUGACAUAAAGGGAAUCAAACAAUGUUUGUGGGGAUUUCUGGAGACUUGUGUUUGUGGGCUCCUUCUCCUUGUAGCUCAUGCAGUUGGGCCUCACUGAAGAUAGUGGCCUUGCUUCUGUGUAAAUAGGCAUAGGAUUGUGCUGCUUGCCAAUGCAUGUUGGACUGUUUAAAUAAUCCUUCACCAACCACCAAGGGGAACAGUUCCUACAGCAUUCCCGUGUGGUUGUUAUUGAUAUAUUUGACUAUAAAUUAAAAUUCAGGGGUGGGGGGGGUGAAAUGUAUUUCAGUAUAAAGGAUAGACUUGAGUUAUUAUUUUUUUAAGGCCAAGGCUCUAGAGUGCCUUUACGACAAAUAACUAGAAUAUUUUUUUAAUAACUCUCAAAUAGUGCAACCAUUUGUAUUGCUAUAUAAUUGCAUUAUACUCAAACUCAACAGAGUUUUAAACUAAUGAGCUGGGAAUAGUUUCUGCUGCUGAUGUUGCUUCCAGCUAAAUAGAAAACUGUCUAUUACAUAUAAUGAAAACAGGCUUGAAGCUCUUCUAAUGUGUAAACGACAAGUGCAAACUGUCAAACUAGUACCUGCAUUUGGGAGGGGAACAAAGAUAUUUUCGAGAAUCACUUGCCUCUAAUUCAUGUAAUAUGAACUAUUUUGGCAAAGAUGGAAAAUAUUUAUUUUUUCCCCGUAGGAUUGUUGGGUUUUCUGUUAUGGGUGGGAUUCAGUGCUGCGCUACAAUGAACGAUUCUUCUGCACAAACACUGCAGCUUGCCAGGGGAACAAUUGCCUCCUCUCCCCCCAUGUGAUGUUCUUGGGGGUUCUCCUUACACACACACUCCAAGCCUAUUGUGAAGAAGUAUCUGAAGAAGUGUGCAUGCACACGAAAGCUUAUACCCAGAACAAACUUAGUUGGUCUCUAAGGUGCUACUGGAUAAUUUUUAUUUAUUUAUUUAUUUAUUUAUUUAUUCCCAAGCCAAUUGUGAGGAGACGGGGGCACAAAGAGGGGAGUGGAGUGGGGAAAACCCCCAUUGUGAAGUUUUUGUGGAGGGGCUUCCACUUAUAGGACUUGCUAGCUGAAUUCCACCUCAUGUCUUUGAGGAACCACCCUGCAGGAAACAAAACAAGCUCUGAUAGAAGCAAUACUUCAGUACAACAGCUUUCUGAAUGCCGACUUGUUCGCCGUGGGCAAACCUUUUAUGAAUGAAAAGGUUAAUCUGAGUGAAUGUGAACUGAAUGAGUUCAUUUUGCAAAAGGACAAAGUUGAACUGGUCCCUGAUUGGAUAGAAUGAACUAGAACUAGUUUAUUUCAAAAUGAAAUUUCCAAACACCAACUGUUCUUCCGUAAGGUCAGCUUCUGGAUAUUCCUAAAGAGUUGUCAGGAACAAGAUAAGGAAGCUUGAUGGGUCCUUAACCCUCACCUUUAAUUUUUAUUGUUUAAAAACUAUACAGCGUAAAUUAGAACAAUAGAAUGCCUAAAGAUUUUUAGACUAUAUCUAAAUUUAUAACAUCAAAAACAAAGUGGGAAGUUUGCAUUUUUAAACAAACUGUGCAACAUGUACUGAAACAUAGAUUGCAAGACUGCACAUUUAUACUAAUAUUAAAACACUGAGAAAGUUGCUCAUUAGGAUAUAGUUGAUGGGCCCUUAACACAAGUCAGCUGUGCACAAAAGGCUAACUUAUGUGUCUUCAGAACAAAGGCAAAGGCCGUUGCUCUGUGAAUCUUUGUGCUGUAUCAUUAGUAGUGAUUAAUAAUCACAGGCUAUGGAAGGAAUGCAUGCAGUCUUACCUGUGAAAGCAUAUAUUUGCCUGUGUGCUAUAAAAAGAAUCGGAGGCUUGGAAACUUAUCUAUACUUCCAGGCACACACCCAGCUUCAAAAGUAAAAAGAUCAUCAAAAUGUUAUGGAUCAGAUUCCACCUUUCAAAGCCAAACAUCAAAGGCACACAGCCAGCCACGUAGAAGGCAAAAGGAACUCUUUGACCAGAGAAAAGAAAAUAUCUAGUUUUUCCCCAUGGAGAGGACAGUGUUUUGGGUUUUGGGUGUUAAGCUGGGUGCCAGACCCCUCUAAUCCUUGGAUCCAGCAAAUGUUAGAAUUUUAUCAAGGCUUCUAAUUCUUGGAAUAACCUCCUGGUGAGGUGGUAGAAGGUGAUGAGCCAUUAAGGGGGGGGGGGUUAAGGGGCUCAGUUAGUGAUGUAUGGAAGUGAAAGCUGGACCAUAAAGAAGGCUGAUCGCUGAAGAAUUGAUGCUUUUGAAUUCUGGUGCUGGAGGAGACUCUUGAGAGUCCCAUGGACUGCAAGAAGAUCAAACCUAUCCAUUCUUAAGGAAAUCAGCCCUGAGUGCUCACUGGAAGGACAGGUCCUGAAACUGAGGCUCCAAUACUUUGACCACCUCAUGAGAAGAGAAGACUCCCUGGAAAAGACCCUGAUGUUGGGAAAGAUGGAGGGCACAAGGAGAAGGGGACGACAGAGGAUGAGAUGGUUGGACAGUGUUCUCGAAGCUACCACAGCAUGAGUUUGACCAAACUGCGGGAGGCAGUGGAAGACAGGAGUGCCUGGCAUGCUCUGAUCCAUGGGGUCACGAAGAGCCAGACAUGACUAAACGACUAAACAACAACAAGGGGCUCAGUGUGAGACAGCAAAUGGGUGGAGCCCUCUCCCUCAACAGAAAAAGCCAGAGUUCAGAGAUGUGAGGAGCAGUGAUGUGACAUAGGAAGGAAAGCAGCAAGCUGGAGAGAGAAAGGCAGAGCAAUGUCUGAGAGCAAUGUCUGAUUUCUGUUUGAUUCCCAAGCUGUUACUAUGGGUGAAACCGCUUUUGGGGUGUGAAUGCUGUGAACCUCUCCACUGUAGGCUCAGGUUGCAUAUAAAGUCUUCACAGUCUCUGCUGUGCCUCAUUCCCAAAAGGAAACAUGAACCCCGAGUAAGUACAUGGAACCCCUCGCAGCGCUCCGAGAUUGGGGUGGCCUGCAACUGGGUCUCUUUUCGUCCGCAGCCAGAGCUCACCAGAGCUCAGCUCCGGCACCUCUCAAGUGGGUGCCUUUGCCAUUCCAAGAGAACAAGGGAGAAGUUCAUGGUGAGCCCUGGCACCCUUUUUUUCUAGAAAAAUAGCACUGUGUCCAACAAUAUGUAUGGUGCCAAGUCUUCUUGCUUUCAUGAGACACACACUUUGCAAUAUUUCUGAGAGCAGCAGUUCAGAUGAUGGCCUGGGGUGGUAUUUUUAUUGUUGGUUAAGUAGGCAUGUUAAUCGUUUCUUUACCUCAUUCAGACAACACUAUCCUUCACCUCACUUUUCCUCUGCUACUGCUAUUGGCGUGUUAGUUGUAUAAUGUUUGGGGAUCUGGAAGCAAAGUCACUGAGUGCUCUAAUUCCUGGGACUUCCAGAGCCUUUUCCCCCCUUACUAUUUUAUUUUUGAACAGCAGACAUGUUAUCUCACAAUCCCUUUUUGAUAAUCCACUCAGUUUCAAAUGAGAGAUACAGUUCCAAAGCUAGCUACACAGUACAUCCCAGACAAUACAUUAAAAACCUGUCCAUUUUAUUAUUUGAUACACAGUGCAUACACAGACACUGAUGUAGCUACCAGGUGUUACAUUGCUGAGUUUUGCAAAUGCUGAGUUAAAUAUUUAAAAAUCUGUGAAGCAGCGUGGUAGUUUUAUUUUGAACACAGGUGCUGUUGAAUGCUUGGAACCUAAAGUGUAUGUAGUAAAACCAGUCAGUAUAUGUUCUUAGGAUUGUGGCACAAGCUUCAGAGCUGUUAGAACAGAGGUGGCUACCCUUUGGCUCUUGAUAUGUUGGACUUGAGCUCUCAUCAGCUCUGGUCCACAUGGCCACAGGUUGGCUCCCACCUCUCAAGUUGGAAUAUAAGAAGUUGCCUUCUUCUGAGUCACACUCUUGGUCCAUGUAGCUCAGUACAGUGAUACCUUGGUUUACGAACAGCCCUGUUAACAAACUAUUCAGUUUACGAACUCUGCAAAACUGGAAGUAGAGUCCCGGUUUGCGAACUUUACCUCAGUCUGAGAAUGGAAGCCAAACGGUGGAGGGCACUGGUGGCGGGAGGCCUCAUUAGGGAAAGAGCACCUCGGUUUAAGAAUGGUUUCAGUUUAAGAAUGGACUUCUGGAACGGAUUAAGUUCAUAAACCAAGGUACUACUAUACUGUCAACAAAGCAGCUCUGCAGUUUCAGACAGGUAUCCUUCCCAGCCAUACCUGGACUUGCCCAGCUCAUCAGCUAGAGAGACAGAGAUGGAUGUUGACCCAGGUAGAAUGAGCAACUGCAGUUGCUUUUUUUUAAUAAAAAAAACCAUUGAAAAUAAAUAAAGAUACAAUUAGCAUGAUUUAUUUGGAUUAGUUGAGGUCUGGAGUAUUAAUAGGUUUGAAACUGAGUGGAAAUUUUUGAAAUGUCCAGUAAUAUUAUGCACCUGCUCUUUUGUGUGUUUCUCUUUUGUGUUUGGAUUGCAUAGUUUAUUUAUAUCGAUAUUUUAUAAAAAUCUGAAGUAUAUUUUAAAAAUCAGCUCAAUAAUAAAACAACAACAACUGCAGCCGUUUGGCACAGAUGGAAUGUGACACUUGCUCGUGGAAUUUAAUGCACAUUAUCCUCUGCUUGUGUGUGUGGUUAAAUAAUCAAUUUCUGCUUGACCUGGAUAAGGUUUGGAGAGGAAAUCCAUAAGCAAAUAUUGCCUUGUGGGCUAACGGAGCUAACAGCACGUAAAUGCUUUACCAGAGCUUCUACAGCAAUGAUAAAUCACCAGUCCCUUAAUUUUUCUUUAAAAAGCAACAACGUGUUCUGUACUCAGCAAACUCACAGAAUAAAACAGACACACACUUGAAUGUCCCUAUCUUCAUCCGAGAAAUGUUGGAGGGUAUUUUAAUGUCAGGAUUCAAACUGUGGGCUCAGGUGUUGCUUUGUUAUAGUGGAGGCUGACAACUGCUUCCCUUCCCCAAGUGUUUGAGGCAGUAGUAGUAGUAGUAGAAGUAGUAGUAGUAGUAGUAGUAAGCAUGCUGUUAGCUUUUGAAGGUGCUCAUUAUUAGUAGGAUGUUGAUAUUGUGCAUCAGCCUUCACUAACUUGGUGCCCUCCAUAUGUUUUGGACUACAGCCCCUGCGUCAUGCUGGUGAUACGAAGGGCACCAUAUUGGAAAAGGCUGGUGUACAUCUGCAAAUGUUUCUAUUUUAUCUAAGCUACUUUAUUGGAUCACCUAUCAACUGUUGAGGCCAUUAUUAAAUGCAGUAAUAUCCAGCUUACACCUGACUGUGAGUUCUUUACAGUACUAGUACAGUGGUACCUCGGGUUAAAUACUUAAUUCAUUCCGGAGGUCCGUUCUUAACCUGAAACUGUUCUUAACCUGAAGCACCACUUUAGCUAAUGGGGCCUCCUGCUGCCACUGUGCUACCGGAGCAUGAUUUCUGUUCUCAUCCUGAAGCAAAGUUCUUAACCUGAGGUACUAUUUCUGGAUUAGCAGAGUCUGUAACCUGAAGCGUCUGUAACCUGAAGCGUAUGUAACCCGAGGUACCACUGUAUCUCAAGAGCUGCUAGAGCUGCGAUAGCAUGCGCAGAGCUAUUGGUUCUCAUUGACUCAAACACCGUAAGCAGAGCUACUGAUUCACACAUGCAUGUUCUCUUUCAAUUACUGCAGUAAAAAGUGGCAGCUUUGUGUGUUUGUCUGUGUGUAUGAACGAGCCAUCAGAGGGAAAAUGCCGCAGGCAGAAUUUUGGAAUGAGAUGCUUUCCUGUGGAGUCAGAUUACACAUUCAGCUGCCAGGCAGCAAAAUGUAGGUGUGUAUUAGAAAUGGCUUCCAAUCUGUCAUGUUACCAAAAAGAGUGUUAUGGAGAAGAACUGGAAGGAGGGAAAUUGUGCAAAUUGAUGGUGAUUUGGCUGUAUGCUUAUUUUGGGUGGCAUCUAAUGCUCUUCUUGGGAAGCCAGUAAGUUCAGUGUAACCUCUCCCCUCAUGUAAACCUGCUUGAUCACCACAAAUUAAAAGAUUUAACCUGUGCUUAAUAGGAUUUCACCCCUCAGGUUGCUGAGUUUCCCUGUCUCUGACUGCAGAAUAAUUCCUGCUUCAUUUUUAUAUUAUUCAAGCGGGCCAUUUUUGAAGGAAUACAGGUAGCAACGUUCCCUCAGGCUUUUGGCAGUGUGCAUUUGAAUUUCAUGGAGUAGUAAUGCAGCAGAUCUUGGCAGACCUCCCAGCCUUUGGUUCAGGCGUGACUGCAGUAACAAUUAAAAGCAGAGGUGUGAGGAGGGGCAGAACCAGAAUCCUGAUUCCAAAGGGCCGUUUGUUCUUUGCAGCUAGGAAAGGAGUGGAAACUGCAGGUCACAGCUAAAAUUCUACCCCCAAACAAACAGAACUUCAAACAGCUGAAAUCUCCCCAUACAAUAUUGGGGAUUGCUUCACUUCAGUGGGAAGAGAAUUGGAUAUAGUUGUGCAAGAGGAGCCAGUAGAUAUUUGGGAGUAAAAAUAACAAGUAAAAUAGGAGACCUGAACAAAAAUAAUUGCAGAAUCUCUGUGCCAUGAAUUUAGUAAUUUGCUCCUGUAAUGGGAAAACUACUUUUGUCUUUGCUAAACAGGGUGUCCACAGUUGAAAUAGCGUUGUACAUCUUUCCCUGGUCACUUAUAUCUGUGGAUAAAGAUCUGCUGAUGGUGCCACACCUCUCUGCAGUGCAACAUGCAGUGGCUCAUACGUAUACUAGAGUAACCAGCUCUGGCACUUUGUGGUACUUUGUUGUUUAGUCGUGUCCGACUCUUGGUGACGCCCUGGACCAGAGCACGCCAGGCACUCCUGUCUUCCACUGCCUCCCGCAGUUUGGUCAAACUCAUGCUGUGGUAGCUUCGAGAACACUGUCCAACCAUCUCAUCCUCUGUUGUCCCCUUCUCCUUGUGCCCUCCAUCUUUCCCACCAUCAGGGUCUUUUCCAGGGAGUCUUCUCUUCUCAUGAGGUGGCCAAAGUAUUGGAGCCUCAGCUUCAUGAUCUGUCCUUCCAGUGAGCACUCAGGGCUGAUUUCCUUCAGAAUGGAUAGGUUUGAUCUUCUUGAAGUCCAUGGGACUCUCAAGAGUCUCCUCCAGCACCACAAUUCAAAAGCAUCAAUUAUUUGGCGAUCAGCCUUCUUUAUGGUCCAGCUCUCACUUCCAUACAUCACUACUGGAAAAACCAUGGCUUUAACUAUACGGACCUUUGUUGGCAAGGUGAUGUCUCUGCUUUUUAAGAUGCUGUCUAGGUUUGUCAUCGCCUUUCUCCCAAGAAGCAGGCGUCUUUUAAUUUUGUGACUGCUGUCACCAUCUGCUGUGAUCAUGGAGCCCAAGAAAGUAAAAUCUCUCACUGCCUCCAUUUCUUCCCCUUCUAUUUGCCAGGAGGUGAUGGGACCAGUGGCCAUGGUCUUCGUUUUUUUGAUGUUGAGCUUCAGACCAUAUUUUGCGCUCUCCUCUUUCACCCUCAUUAAAAGGUUAUUUAAUUCCUCCUCACUUUCUGCCAUCAAGGUUGUGUCAUCUACAUAUCCAAGGUUGUUGAUAUUUCUUCUGGCAAUCUUAAUUCCAGCUUGGGAUUCAUCCAGCCCAGCCUUUCGCAUGAUGAAUUCUGCAUAUAAGUUGGCACUAGUUCUCUGCAAUUUUAUCAUUUUUCCUGAUGUUUUCCCUCUUACUCAUCUUUAUCCAGCUAAUAGACUCUGUUGUUAUUAAUUCCAGUUCAGGUAGGAACUACACUGGUUUUUUUAGCAUCUGGACAAUGCCACCCAUAUACAAGCUUAUGUUUUCAAUAUUUUUACAGAUGUUUUGCUCCAUUUUCUCCUAUUCCUUUUCCUUUUUAAUUUCCUUUUUAUUCAGUUUCAUUUUCACUUAUUGUUUCAUUUUCUUUUUUCUUUUUUUCCUUUUUCCUUUUCUGCUUUUCUUUUAAUUUGCCAGGCAUUCUAAAUCUAAAAUAAAUAACAAAACUAACAAACCAACUUCAUCUACCUUUUGGUAGGUCAGUAAUUUUAAAGAAAUUAUUGCUUUUGUCUAUAGACCAUUAAGAAAUUAAAAGGUUCAAGUGUUUCAAAAUAGAAAAGAAAAGAAAGGCCAUUCAAAAAUUUCAAAGGCUUUUUCUUUAUCUAUAAUGUCAGCAAGAUGUCCUUUAAAGUUUUGGACUUAUAAUCUCUGAUGGUAUGUUAUAUUUUCCUAUGUUGUUGCUCAUUUUUCUCUUCCAUUAAAACACUGUUUGAUCUUAAUGUGUAUAUUUAUAUCCAAUACUAUUUAACAUCCUUGCUAAGAUACUGGUAAAUAUUUUUAGUCAUCCUUUAAAAGUGAUAGACUUGUAUAAUAAGAUAGUAAUACCAGAUCUUUACCUUUUUUAAAGGAAACACUGCAGUUAUGCUUCUUGCCUUGAUUAUGCCAACCUAUUUUUCAUCAGGAUAUUGCUUUUCAAUGGGGGGGUUUGAAUAGGUUUUAUUUAUAGUAAGUUUGAAAGGGUUUUAUUAUACUAUUAUAUUUACCACUCAGGACCUGGGGCUUUGUUCUCCUCUUAAAGACUUAAUGGAUUCCAAUAUGUAUUUAUUUCAAAUGGGUUUAUCCAGUAAUUACAAUCUGAAGAAGCAAAAAAAUUAUACCAACCAAUUUACUUCAGUAAACACAAGAUCUUUCAAUGAGGGAAUAAGCAGAGGAAUUGCAGAUCAUUUGAAGAAAAAACAACAGAUGGAACAAAUUCUCCCAAUAACGAGGGGAAAUGAUACAGCUAAAUCUCUUUAUAUCAGCACAUUUAAAUAAUAUAGUACUCUAAGUUAUAGAAGUCAAACAACCCAGAUAAAGAAGAAAUAGUGAAGUUUAUAUGUGAAAUAAAUAACAGGAAUAUUUGAAUUCUUGCAAUGCUGAAAAAUGGAUUUGCCAAGUCUCUUUUGGACUAUCAAAUGUUUUUUAAAAAGGCAUUGGAAAGCGUGAUAACAUUGGCACCCUGAAGUUUUUAAAUACACACACACACACACACACACACACACACACCCUUUCCUGAUGAUCAUUGUGAACUGGAAUCUCUGAUAGCUAUCAUUAGAGCAGAUUCAUAGGCAAUUAGUUUGUUAAUGAGCUGCUAAAAACAUACAUAUUAAGGUGGACAGCCCAACUGAACAUAUGGUUUCACUAGAGCAGUAUUCUAUUUUACUAUUUUCCCAAAGGUAUGAAAAGAGGUGAGUUUUGUUAGUGGCCCUGUUCUCUUUCUUCCCCCUCUCCCAAAUAUAGGACAGGAUGGACUUGUAUUGGAUUGUUUUAUAUUUUGCUGUGGCUUUUUCAUUUACAUCAAACUCUGGAUUUUCUAAUUUCAGGUGUUAACUAUGGAUAUUUUCCCUCUGGUACAAAGAAAAAAACCAUGUUUGGGUCCAUCAAAUUUAUAUUCUAAACAGACUUGUGUGGAAGGAUUGCUUGUAGGAAAAAAAAUGCAAUUAAAUUUAGUACAUCUCAAAACGACAUUGGCAGUGAUUUGGAUUAAGACUCACAGAACUUUUAGAAGGCCCAGAGAGCAAAAGAAUCAAUUAAUUUAAAGAGAAUCUGAUUGCAUCCAGUGUGAGCAGCCUAAUUCAGAGUAACUAGUAGGGCUCUUAAGUCUGUGAGAGGGUAUAAUAUUGUCCAGCGACACAGUGCUAUUAACAAGCCAACUUUUGUGCUGGGUGGGUUUCAUGCACAACAGCUCUAAGCUUAUGGUAGUCAGGAGGGAUUCUAAAGGUAAAGGGACCCCUGACCAUUAGGUCCAGUCGUGGCCAACUCUGGGGUUGCGGCGCUCAUCUCGCUUUAUUGGCCGAGGGAGCUGGCGUAUAGCUUCCAGGUCAUGUGGCCAGCAUGACUGAGCCGCUUCUGGCGAACCAGAGCAGCGCACAGAAACGCCAUUUACCUUUCCGCCAGAGUGGUACCUAUUUAUCUACUUGCACUUUGAGGUGCUUUCAAACUGCUAGGUUGGCAGGAGCAGGGACUGAGCAACGGGAGCUCACCCUGUCGUGGGGAUUCGAACCGCCAACCUUCUGAUCGGCAAGCCCUAGGCUCUGUGGUUUAACCCACAGCGCCACACACGUCCCAGGAGGUAUUCUAGUAGGUGCUUAAAGGUUAAAGCAGAAGGCAGCUGCCUGAAUCUCUAUUGGCAGAGCAUCCAAUAGGAACCUUCAGACUGGGAUGGGAUUAUGUUCAUACUCUUUAAUGAAAGCACUUCAAACCUAAAAGGGUGACUUGUUUGCCACCAAUUGUCCAUUGUUUAGAAACCCCAUCCUUUCCAAAAUAGACAGCCUAAGAAAGCUGGAUCUUAGGGAGCUCUUUUUACUGUCUUGCCUGAUAAGUCUUCUCCUAUCCUUUAGCCUUUCAGACUCCUCCCUCCGAGUGAAUGUUGCCUCUGCUUCCACUUUUUUUUUUGCUUUUAAAUUGCUUUAUUGAGCUUAAAACAACAACAACACAAAAUCAAAGUUAUCCAUAAUAAAAAAUGAACAACAAACAAAUUAUCAAUAUCUGUUACACUUUAUCACAGUCUUCUUUUGAUUCCAAUGACUUCCUGCCAAUUUCAUGUAGCUUUAAAUAUGUAUUUAUCUAGCGCACUAUUCAUCUCUAUUUUUAAUGAUUACUUAUCAAAGAUAAUGUACUUUCUUAAACUUAUUCAGUGGAUUACAGAAGCUAUUCAAAGGCUGCCACAGACUUCAUACUGUUACAAUCUUUAAUGUAACUUUUAAAUAGAUACCAUUUAUUAAAAAAUACUUGAUCUGCAUGGUCUCUUACUUUUCCUGAUAACUUAGCCAGCUCUGCAUAUUCCAUUAAUUUUUGUUGCCACUCCGACUUUGAUGGUAUUUUCCCUCCUUUCCAGUUUGAGGCUAUUAAAAUUCUUGCGGCCACUUGCGUAGAAAAAUAGUUCCCUUGCAUUUUUUGGAAUGCCAGGACCUAAUAUUCUGAGAAGGAAGGCUUCUGGGGUUUAUAUAUAUAUAUAUUAUUUAUAUAUAUAUAUAUAUAAACACAACCUUAAGCAUUUUUUAAAGUUCCAUAUAUAUUUCAUCCCAGGAUUCCUUAAAUUUUUUGCAUGUCCACCACAUAUGCAGCAUAGAUCCCACUGCUUCUCCACAUCUCCAACUUUUAUUUGAUACGUUUUUGUACAUUUUGGAUAAUUUUAAAGGGGUCCUGUACCAACAAUACUGCAUUUUUUAAAAAAAUCUCUCUGUGUGUAGCAAGCAGUGAAUCUCAUAUUAAUUUUCCAGAGGUUUCCCCAAUCCUUCAUUAAGAUAUUAUAACCAAAGUCCUGUGCCCAUAUUAUCAUGACAGAUUUUACCUCCUUCUCCUUGACUUCCCAUUCAAGGAGGAGUCGGUACAUUUUAGAAAGCGUCUUUACUUUAGAGUUAAUCAGGUCAUUCUCUAGUCUAGAUGGUUCUGUUGUGAAUCCUUUUCUUUUGUCUACUUUGAAUGACUCAUACAAUUGAUGAUAUUGGAGCCAUCGCCGCUGCUUCCACUUAAUAACCUGAGCCAGUGCUUCCUGGGAAUAAUACAGACCACUAAGUCAGACCACUGGGUCCAUCUAGCUCAGCAGUGUCAACAUGGACUAGCAGUGGCUUUUCAGGAUUUCAAACACGGAAUCUCUCCAGCCCUACCUGGAUAGGCUAGGAUUGAACAGGGAAUCUUCUGCAUUCAAGGCAGCAGGUGCUCUUCCAAUGAGCUUUGUCCCUUUCCCAGCAGAAAGUGUUUGAAUCAGUGCUCCACAAAACUAAACUGUGCAUAGGAUUGGGAAAGCAAUUUGGUCGCCUUUGAAGGUUGGUUUCCUUUAGUACUUGGGUGUUGUGUCCCAACGUGUUCUUUCCUCCAGACCAAUAUAAUGUUCUCACCUAUAUUCAUGCAUGCUGCACCCUACUGAAUUCUUUUCAGUAACCGCCUGACAUUGACGGAAUAGCUCAGUCAGUAGAGCAUGAGACUCUUCAUCUCAGGGUCGUCGGUUUGAGCCCCACAUUGGGCAAAAAGGUUCCUCCAUUGACAGUCCAACGCUACAAUGCUAUGAGUCUGUGGCUACCUAGGGAAGAAGCUUGUGCUCUGCUGCAUUUAUUGUUCUGAGUCCUGUUUCUGUCCAGUGAGUAAGAAUCAAAGCAUCAGGGGUGCCAUCUAUGGGGGGCCAAGGGCUCAAAAAAAUUCAAGGAGGGGGCCACCCCCAGUAUUCUGUGGCCUGCCCGCUGGGACUUCCCACAUACACGCAGGCCCUGUUGGGCCUUCCUGCAGCCAUGACAAGUCCUGUCUGGCCUCCUUGCUGCUGCAGAGCUACUGCUGGAUUUAUACAGAUUUGAAACUGAAACUCCAUGUUGUUGUUUUAAAAAAACACCCUUAACAAAGGGCAAGAUCACAUGGCUUGGUUGCCAUGGGGAUCAUUGCUCAGUGUUCUGCGUGAACCAUGUAGCUAGUAACCCAAAUCCACCUUGCUGAGUUUCUGCUGACGCAGGAAUUUGGAGGCUGGAGAGCAAAGGGAAUGGAAUGCUCUCUAUGUCCAUGUGACCUGGUUUAUUUCCAGAGCCAUCUUGGGAAACUUCCGCUUGGUUGCAAACUGGGAAAACGAAAAGGCUACUGUAUAGGAACAUGGUGUUUUUAUAUUUACCCUUAAUGAGGAAAGGCAAAAGCCUGUAAUUGGAGACUCACUUGCUUGUGGUGUUUCUGAAGGAAGAACAUGUCACAUCCCGAUUCUGAGUUUAUUCCAGAUACGCAAAACAAGGAUUCCGUUUACUCGGCCUGCCCAGUAGUAUGUCAAACCAUUCAAAAUCAAAUAAUAAUGCUUUUAUGUUGCUUCUUGGAGUGAGGCAAAGCCAGAUGUUGUAACAGAUGCACGGCUGCUAUCAAGAGCAGCACCCCAUGCCCACCCCAAGCCUGCUUUUUCUCUCUUCUGUAAUGCCUAGUAAUACAGAAAGCAUAACAUGACAUUGAUGGUCUGACUUUUCCCAUCUCCGCUCCCACCUUAUUGGCAGCUGCUUGUAUAUGGAGGAGUUAGCUGUGGAAAUACAUCGCCAUUUGCACCCAGCUGCAUUCUCCUUUAUUCCUGCUCUUGCAUCUGUUGCCAAGAGAAUGAAGCUUUAUUCCCAGACUGCUUGUGAUCACAUUAGCAGGUUGCUGCCACCCUAUCCUUAAUCCCAUUAGACUUCACAAGGGCAUCUGUUUGGCCCAUGUAGCUUGACUAGGGAUAACCCAGAGUUUGCUGUGGGGAGACUUAAGUGCACUUAGCCCAAACACUGAGAACACAUAGAGCCUUCAAGGGCAUUCAUAUUUUACAUUGAUUUAAUGCAGAAAUACGCUUAAAUGGCAUACGUUCUCAUCAAAUGCUGAACGGCCUUCAGCAACAUGUCUAAGGCCACUUAGAUAUUUAAUCUGUAGUCUUCCCCAUUUUCAGAUUGUGACCUUUUAGGGAGCCACCUUUUAAAUGUUCAUCUAUAUCUGGCUAUCUCCUUUCUCUCUCCCCCCUCCUCUUCUCCUUCUCUUGAAGACAUAAGCAACCCUAAACCAAGAAACAGAAAAUAGUGGUAGCACCAUUGAUGAGGCCUACCAUUGGUAGGGGCAAAAUGAAGUUGUGAGUCAUGACCCACCAGUUGGGGACCAAUGAUCAAGGGUAGAGAGUCUGCAGUGCUCCAAAAGUUCAUUGAAUCAUAGAACUGUAGAGUUAGAAGGGACAACGAGAGUCCAACCUCCUGCAAGGCAGGAAUCUUUUGCCCACUGUGAGGCUCCAACCCACAACCCUGAAAUUGAGUCUUGUGCUCUUACUGGCUAAGCUGUUGAACUCCAACUCUCAUCUGCUGGCUGGGGAUCAAGAAUGCUGGGAACUGUAGUCAAGCAAUAUCUGGAGGGAGAGGUAUCUCCAGCCCUGGCUUAAAUGGUCCUCUGUUCUGAUGGAAACAUGGAGCAGAUAAUUCUGUACCCAAAUGAAUCCAUCAUGUAGGAAACUCAUGCUUUAAUUUUGUGCUGCUUGUGUCUAUACAUAUGUAAUGCAUCUCCUCAGCGCAUUCUCAUGAGACCUGCAGAAUAAUCCAUAACCACAUCUCUUAACUUUCACAAAAGGUUAUCUUAUUCAUUAGUCUCUUCCUAGGGCAAGAUGUCAGUAUUUUGUUAAAAGUCCCUCUUGUUCCUUCCUACCUUAUUUUUUAUUAAUAAAGCUUUUUCAUAACACUGUUUUAUGUCCAAUGUUAUGUACUGCUAGCUCUAAACUAAGCUGAAGAUGAUUUCAUGCCUCAUUAGAAGUCAGACAAUUUCAAACAUUUCACUUUCUCCAUUACUGUGUGUUUAAAAUUCCAUACAAAUUAGAAUAAUGCUGAUCACUGCCGUGUAUAAUGAACUUUAACAUGUAGGGGGAGGCCUAAUCAAGUCUGGGUUUUAAGACCAUGCGCUGAGACAGAGGUUAUUGUUCCGAAUCUCUCCCACACUUUGCUGCAAUGGAACCUCUGGGAUUGAUCAUCGACAGGAAGAUCUAUCGCUUCAUAAAAGCAGGACAAGACCCUUGCUGGCUCUGAAAAUGUUUCUAGCCGCCCACACAGAGGCACAGAAAAUGGCUCUGUGGUUUGGAAUCUCUACUCCCCCCUUGGGGUUUAGGUUUUCAAACAGCAGACUCAAGGACGUGCAUUUGGGAUCAGUGUUGCAUUGUGGUGUGCAGCAGGCAUAAAAUAUAAGAAUAAUAAAUGUUACGAGCAAAUAAUGAAUGGAGGGGGUUAAAGUAAUGUCAUUGUUCUGCCGAGAUUUUGAGUGCUCUGCUCGAGGUAAGUCUUUGCUACUUCCUUCUCUCUCGUAGGUGCUUCAGAAGCUGGGGAAAGCUGAUGAAACAAAAGAUGAACAGUUUGAAGAGUAUGUUCUGAACUUCAAAAGGCAAGAGGUCAGAUUCUUUGAUGUUGAUGACGGUUGGCUUUUAUAAGCUUUUUAUGUGUGUUUGCAUGUAAAGUUGUAAGGCAGGAGUGGGGAGCCUGUGGCCCUUUGGAUAGUUGCUGGGCUGCAACACCCAUUGCCCUCGACUGUUGGCCAUGCUAGCUGGAGCUGAUAAGAUUUGUGAUCCAGCAACAUCUGGAGAGCCAGAGGUUUCCCCAUCCCUGUUGUAAGGCAACAUGGGAAACCAAUGCUGGGGGGAAUUGUAGGAGCUAAAGCUUUCAGACUUUGCUCCGUCUGUUUGUCUGUCAUAGAUGAAGAAGAGUUUGGAUUUGAUAUCCCUCUUUAUCACUACCCUAAGGAGUCUCAAAGCGGCUAACAGUCUCCUUUCCCUUCCUCCCCCACAACAAACACUCUAUGAGGUGAGUGAGGCUGAGAGACUUCAGAGAAGUGUGAGUAGCCCAAGGUCACCCAGCAGCUGCAUGUGGAGGAGCGGGGAAGCGAACCUGGUUCACCAGAUUAUGAGUCCACCGCUCUUAACCACUACACACUAGAUCCUUUACCUAUUUGCUAUGGAAUGCCUACAUGUCACCCACAAUGCCCUCUAAACUUCAUGGGAGAUACAGGCCAAGCCUCUUUGACUUCCUUGUGACCCCACAUGGACUGUACCCUAAAAUACAACACUCCCCUGUAAGGGCUGCUAGGAGUUGUCCUCUUUCAGGGAAGCUUAUCCACCUCAGACUCUCAGGGCAAAAUUUCCACCACCACCCAGAGACAGGCAGAGGACUGUCGGUUGGUUGCUUUUCCUUGCGGUUGCUGCUUGCCCACUUAGAGAAUUAAGUGCAUGGUAGCAGUACUGCUAGAAGCAGCAGCUGCUCUCUGUUCUUCGACUCUGAACAGGAACGUGGAAGAGAAUAUGCCACCAUAGGUAUCAGUGUGGUGCUGAGGUUCAAUAUGUUAACCAAAACUCUAUGGACAAUCGCACUUCUGUGAUUUUGCAGUGCAGUUCUGCAAGCUGAAUGUGUGCAUGCUUUUUUAGUGAAAAUAGCAAAAAUGCAUUGUAUUGGGGCACAUAUUAUGAAAAAUGCCCACAAAGAUAUGUACAUUUUUUAAAAGAACAAGUUGAGGUGGAUAGUGCUCAGGUUCUUUAAGAAAUUAGUUUUACCCUCGCAUAAAACGCUCCCAAAUCAGCAGUUCUCAAGACUGACAAGAGAAGCAAUGGUAAUAAAUCAGGACUGUGUAGCUCAGACUGUCCCCAAGGCUGCCUCUUUUACUAGGAGGCAUCAAAUUAAAAAAUCUGACAGUUCCACUGUUUGUGUUGGAUCCACUUGGGGUUCAUGGAAGGGAACGGCCCAUUGCCCCAUAGAUAUGAAAGCAGAGUUAGGUCCUAUCCUGGUAAAUUGCAAACUAAAUUGUGAAUUUUUAUUCUUUUAUGGUGUGUUGCUGUAUGCUAAUGUGCCCCAUUUAUGUGGAAUAUAAACCUGUUCAACCUUCAUAACAGCCUUCUUAAUGAACAUGUGUCUGAUUUCCCAGUUUACAGAUGGAAACCCCUCAGUGUGUGUGUGUGUGUGUGUGUGUGUGUGUUUGUGUUUUCUUGUGCUAAUGAAGUUUUUUCUUUUCAUGCUGAUUAAAGAGUAUGCUUUUGUAGUGUAGGUAAGAUCCCCAGGCAAAAUUCUGACUACAAUCUGACACCUUUACAGUAGCUUCAAAGGAAUAAUUUAAAGGUUAUCAGGCAGCCAGCAAUGGGUCUGUAGGCCUUUCAUAAUUACACAGUAUAUUCAGCGUAUCAUGAAGAAGAGCUUUCUGACUCUAAAGGUCUCCUUAAGGACUUUUGACAAGAGCCUCUUUCUUUUGUUAAUACUCCUUUGAUAGAGGCAGAUGGAAUCCAUAAUAGAAGUAGCUUGCAGCACAUAAGAAGUUUCAGUGGAUUCCCAUCCCUCUCUCUGCUUUUUGCAGAAGUUGCAGUAUGCACUCCCACAUUUUUUCUGGGUUGCUUUUUGUCAGGGCUGAUCUGGGAGCAGCUGCCGGAGUGGAGCUGGGAGCCAGGAACCAGGCGUUGUGUCAGGAGAUCAAGGCAGGCACACCAGAGCCAGGGAGACCGUCACUCCCCAGGCAAAGAACCAGGGCAGACAGGAAGCCUUUUGUAGCUCUACCUGCCCAGGAAGCCCUAGUGGCCAGGAUGACACACAGAUUGCAUCCCUUGUGGCUUGUCACAUGGAGCAGGCACGUUCUGAGCUGAAAUUUAAUAUUUCUGGCUCUGUGGCUCUGGACACUUCUUCAGAUUCCAGUUCCUCAAAGCUUCCCUGAAAAUUCAACUCAGUAAGAUGUGGGUUGGCGCAUUAGAGUCAAGGAGCUGUGAGGCUGGUAGGAGAUCAGAAGUUCAUCUAGUCCUACAGUGUGUGCUGAAGCAGGAUCUUUUGAGCCAGCUUUCCUUUCAGGCAACAACCAUGUUAUCUGCUGUUUGUUUCAACCGUCUAGAAUUCUUUCUUUGCUGUAGACACCAGCUAUACUACUCUUUUGCUCAGUAGAUACCUUCUGAAAUUUUGUUUGUAUUUAAAGUGGAAGAACAGCAUUGGUGUUUCUUUCUUAGUGUUCUUAUUUAAAGAAAAUGCUGCAUGCAGAUAGCUAAUUAUUUAGAGAUAUGGGAAUGCCCUUCAUCUCUCUGAUAGAUCCACGUUUGUUCCACUGUGUUGCAUAUGUGAUAUGACAUUGCUUCUUUAAUUGCUUUUCAGGCAGAAGGUACCAGACUCCAGAAAGAGCUCCGGGGAUAUUUAGCUGCCAUUAAAGGUAAUUGCAGUUAAAAUGCAUCUUUUAAUUUUAAUUUUAAUUUUCACUGCAAAUUUUAAAAGUUCAAAUGAAUCGUUUGUUUUGUAGAUCUUAUAAUGUACAGUUAGGUUGCUUCUGGAUCAUGGGUAGGCAGACUAAGACCAAGGGGCCGGAUUCUGCCCAAUCGCCUUCUCAAGCCGGCCUGCGGACGGUCUGGGAAUCAGCGUGUUUUUACAUGAGUAGAAUGUGUCCUUUUAUUUAAAAUGCAUCUCUGGGUUAUUUGUGGGGCCUGACUGGUGUUUUUACAUGAAUAAAAUGUGUGCUUUUAUUUAAAAUGCAUCUCUGGAUUAUUUUGGGGGCAUGGGAAUUCGUUCACCCCCCCCCCAAAAAAAUAGUCCUGCCCUUCACAAGGUCUGAGGGACAGUGGACUGUCCCCUGCUGAAAAAGGUUGCUGACCCCUGUUCUGGACAGUUGCUUUUUCCAGGUGCCACAGUGUCAUGGCAGAUGACUAAACGCCAGGGGUUACCCUUCCCAUCCUGUUUCACCGCCUGAGGCGAAGUGAAAAGGUCUGCCCCCCCCGAUGAAGCCUCACUUACUGGGGUUUCACAGCAGCAGCGCCUUCUUCCAGCGAGUUUAUCAUGAGAUCUUGUGGAAUUUUGGCAAGGUCUCGCUGGAAGAAGCCACUGCAGCUGCCACAGCCACACAACCCUGGUAGCAGGGUCAGGUGGGUGGCAUUGCCCCUUGGGAUUCUACCGCCCGAGGCAGCUGCUUCAGCCAACCUAAUGGGCAGGCCGGCCCUGCUAAACUCAUUCACUUGGAAGAAUGCGGUUUCUAGCCUACAUGGGCUGCCAUGAUCAGCAUAAUGAGAAACGCCAAUCUUGUUACUAAACAGCUGAACAUCCAUAACUCUUUAGUGUGGUGCUCCCUCCCUGAACAUCCGUUGUGUCUCUGCUAUCUGACCAAAUAAAAACUGGAAUCUACUCUAGGUUUAGGAUAAGAAGAAAUGCACUUCAAUCAACCAGGUAGCUGAAUUCUACUUUAGACUAGAGUGUGUGCACAUGGCAGUCAGAUUCUUUUUCAACAAGUAGGCCAAGUAUGAACAGCCAAAGUUUCAGGAAGACUUUUUUGAUAGGGUAGUGGGGAGAAUUAGGGAGUUGUCAUCCAUACCUUUGCAGGGUAGCAUGUUGGCUUCCCCCGAACUACAGUCUGAGGAGCUGGAAGAAGGUUUGCAGUGUCAGCUUCACAAGUGUCCUAGUUUGUUAACUUGCAUUUGAUAAGUUUUAUGUUUGCUUUUGAAUGCUAGAUGAAGGACAGGUUUAUAAAUGGAUGAAAUAAACAGCUCCAAUAUUUUUAAGGGCAAAGCUCUCCAAAGUAUGGCCUUCUUGAGAUCCCAUCUUUGAUGAGGUGAUUCCAUCCUCUUGUUCACACUCUUUCCCUGUGCAGUUUUGUCAAGAGGAACUAAAUGAGGUGUAGAAACUGUUGCAGCCACUAGUUUUGAUUUGGGAGAGGUGUGAAUAUGUAAAUAUAUAAUUGGAUGUGCCCAAAUAACUAUUUUUUGGUUGCCUGGCUUUUAAUAUAGGUUUUGUUUUGUUUGAUCUGCUUUUGGAGCAAUGCAUCCUGGAUAAUUGCUGCCAGUCUGAGUAAUAAUUCUGGGCUUAAUGAGUCAAUGGUCUGACUUGGAGUGAAACAGCUUUAUGUUUUUUCUUGCUGCCUUGAGAUCUGGCCAUAAAUAUUUCUAGUAUCUGCUUAUUAAAUGGAAUGAUUCAGCUAACUAGCAGCAAAUAAUACUGUUUCAGAAAUUGGUUCUACAUAUUAAUUGCUUAUUCUUUCAUGUCUGGUUCUGACUUAUCUCUGAACUUGUUUCAUUUAAUUUAUCUACCACUGUGGCAGUAAUGGAAAAAAACAACCUCAGAGCAAAGAACCUAAUUGAACUAAUCUGCUCAAGAUUUGAUAAUGUGUCCCCUCGUCCCAGUGUUGUUCUAUAUAAUAUGAGGGCAUGCUCUCUGUAAGUUCAUUUGCAAUAUGAGACAUAUAAUUUAAUGAGCUCACAUUUGAUUUUUAUCAUCUCUGGUUUCUAUUUUAUUACGAAUGCUCUAUAAUUAUAUUAAUUAACUUGUUGAUUUGUAUCUUUUCUUCUUGACUGUAAGCUGCUAUGAUGGCCGUUGAGCACUAGAAGAGUGGUAUCUCUGUGUGCUGUUGUUGAUGCUGAUACCAAUAAGGCGGUUUCAUACCCACUUAAAUUAAUGACACUUUUAAAAACACUUGACCUCAUCCUGCACUCUUGUUUAUACACACACACAAAGCAUGGUGGUUUUCUUGACGUGCCUCGAAGUGUCACAUGACUGUCUUUAGCCUUAGACCAAUAGAUGCCGUUCCCCAUUCUCUGUAAUAAAAUUCCUAUAAUCCACUGAUAACUCUCAGAUACGCCAUUUAUGUCCCCCUUCCCCCUUCAGUAUUCCCCUUCUGCUAUUCAUCCACUGUUCCAAGACUUUAUGGUAGUGAUCCAGGAAAUGAGUUUCGUAAUAAACUGUAGUGGAUUUACAAGGUCUGGUGGUACAGCUGGGGGCCCUGAUGCAGUUAGCUCCAGGAUUGUGUAGGGACAACAGUCAAGACACGACAAAUUGUCUGGGUGUCCUGCACAGCAGCCUGCAUAGGCUUUUCCGUACAGCUGACAGGCUGUAUGCAGUGCCCUUUGGGAGUGUGUGGGAACUUCAGCCUGGAUGAAUCAUGCCUUCGCAUUGAGGAUUGAAACGAGGCUCUCAAUACAUGGUCAUCGUAGCUUGGAAAAGGCUGCCAUACCUACACAAAUCUUAGCAAUGAUUUGUGCAUUCUCCACAUUAGAAGCUCCAUCCCAGAGACAGAGGCGGAUUUAGGGGGGGUGUGAUAAGCUGCAUGGGAUGCUGCAACAGUGAGUUGCCAACAAAUUUUAGCGUCGCAGAGGGCGCUGCUGAAAUUUUAAAGCCCGAAGUCUGCCACCGCUAGAGACCAUUGCAUGAGGACCGCCCAUAUUGUAAACCUAUAAAAGUCAAUACAUUUUCCAUUUCAUUGUUGUAGAUUCAUUUUGCACAGGGUUGAAGAGUACUUGCUCAGAAUAGGUCAGGAUGAACAUUGCUUUUGUCAUGCGUGUGUGUGUGUGUUUGCUUGUGUGUGUGUUUUAAGCAACUGAAGAGCCCAACUAUAGUUCAUUUAUGCUCAGUCAUGCUUUCUCAUUUCUGUUUGUGCUACCUGCACUGAUUGCAGCAAUGUGGAAAAUGGAUCCUUCCUGGGGAGUAAAGCAUGGUGAAAACCACCCUAGUUUGGUGUACUCGGCUGCAUUCAUUAUGGAAGGGGAGAAAGCUCUCUAUGUAAUUUUGCAAUAAAUUAUCUUUAACUAAUUAUAACUUCUCUGUGACCAUGCACAGAUAGUUAUUCGUAGACUUGAAAGCAAAAUGGUGGAGACAUCAUUUUUCAGUUUAGUUCUCAUUUCUGUUAUUUACAAAUGGAUUUUUUCCUGGAAGCAAAUAACACAGACACUAAAUUCGCAGAAAUCAACAGUUAGGGAAAUGUCGAGGAAAUGGAACAAACUGCCAUGUGAACACAGGUCUGAUGUCUGUCACAUAAGUUUAAUUCCCAGGAUCCCUAGGAGACAGGAGCCAAUAGUUAAUGCCAGUUUAUGUUCUGCUUAUUCUGUGAGCCCCCAGUCUGUGUUGGGGGGGCAGGUGAGGGCGAACUGAAUAAAAAGGACACUCAGCAUGGUGGCAUUCUAGCCCAUCCCCAUGCUAAAGUAGUGAAAUGUUGUAACUAGUGGGGGCAACUGGGGCAUAUGCCAAACUUCCUCCUUAAACCUUCAUUGAAGUGUACCAUGUGAGGAUGGAACUAUGCAUUAACUCAGCAACUACGUGUUCCCAAAUCCUUGCAUGGGAAAGAAUCCUGUGCUUGCCAGUUUUCCCAUGCAAAUGACUCUGUUCAAGGCCUUUUCUCCCCCAGCUACCUUCUUUCUUGUUUAGAACCUGGAUGGGGAACAAACCUAUUUUGACAUAGCUUCAAGGAGUCUGUGCAAGACCCAGUAAAAAGAAGACAAGGCUUUCUGCACCUUUAGGAGUUGUGUAGGAGAGCAAAUAUCAGCAGGUGCAGCAGGUCAUGCAAGCUAAAGCUGCUGACAUUCCCUCUUCUGUUGAAUUAUGAGAGGUGCCUCUUUUGCAUCUCGGCACCAAUAGGGAAGGGGAAAGCAGUCCUUUCAAGCUGCUGGUUUCCCCCAGCAUGUGCCAUCCCCUCCUCAAAUUAGCACUAAAAGAGAAACAGUGUUCCCACCUCUGAUUCCCAAGUCCAAACCUAUAUCCCAGGCAUAGGCAAACUCAGCCCUCCAGAUGUUUUGGGACUACAACUGCCAUCAUCCCUGACCACUGGUCCUGUUAGCUAGGGAUGAUGGGAGUUGUAGUCCCAAAACAUCUGGAGGGCCGAGUUUGCCUAUGCCUGCUAUAUCCCUUGUAAGAUGUAGCUCCACCCUAAGUUCUGUUCUGUGCCAGCCAUUAUCCCUACAAUACCUUAUGGCAUCUUUUUCCAACCGAGUGCCUCGCAGGUGUUUUGGACUAACAACUCUCAUCUGCCAAUGCCUAGAGCUGAGGGAAGCUGUCAACCUCUGGAAGACACAAGUUUGGCAAAGGCUGCCCUAUGAGGUGAAGUGGGUUGGUUUUGAGAUACUUUCUCCAACUAUUCCUUUCUAGUUCUCUGUUAAAAGGAGGGCUAUUGAUGUUACCCUGGUUCCCUAUUUCUGCUUCCUGAUUAUAACCAGGUCUUGAGAUCAUCUGAAGUCUCCACACUCGUGGCACACAAAACAUCAAAUUCAGUAAAGUUUCCUGUAAAAAUGGGGGAGGGGGAUUGUUUAAAAGAAGUGAAAUUUUUAUCAAAGCUGACUCAUUUUUUCUUGAGAUAUUUUUAAGACAAAACAGAUACACUAGAAAUGUUAAAGAUUAGGCAGGGAACAAACAAGAAACCCACAUCAGUUUAUUUUUACUAAGCUAUUGCUAAUUUUAGUAGAAAUUUAUGUUCAACUGUGAUAAUGAUGAUGAUUUAAAUAAAUGAAUGAUAAUCAGAGGUUGAUCUUUAACCUUAUUCCAUAUAUACAAAAUUCACAUACUUAUUGACUUCAGCAAUGGCAGUUGCUAAGCUAGAUGAAAUCAUAGUCCAUUUGUGACAUCAGCAGUUGUCAACAAUGGGUUCUCUGUGCUCAUAAAUUUCAGGCAUGCAAGAGGCUUCAAAGAAACUUACGGAGUCUCUACAUGAAGUAUAUGAGCCUGACUGGUAUGGCCGGGAAGAUGUAAAAGUGGUUGGAGAGGUAAGAAUUUAUUUAUUUAACCUUAUAGCUCCACCGUUCUGUGUAAGGAAAAGCCCCAAGGUGGCUAACAACAUAAUAAAAUACCAGGGAAAAUAUCCCUAAUGAUGAAUGAAAUCAAGAUGAUGGUUGGUGAUCCCAUCCAUUUCCAAAAUAACUGUUUUAACCCAACAUCUAGCUAGUUGCAGUAGGGCAAAAUCAUUUUCAUAGAAUCAUAGAAUUGGAAGGGACCCUGAAGGUCAUCUAGUCCAAUGCCCUACAAUGCAGGAAUCUCAACUAAAGCAUCCAUGACAGAUGGUCAUUCAACCUCUGCUUAAAAACCUCAAAUGAGGGAGAGUCCAUCACCUUCUGAAGGAGUCCAUCCCACAGUAAAACAGUAAAAAGUCCUUCCUGAUAUUCAGUGAGAUGAUGAGAAACCAUUAGCAAGCACUCUUUGGAUUUGGUCAGUCAACCAGGUACAAAUCCAUGGGGGACUUUGUCAAAAACCUUACUGAAAUCAAGAUACACUAUGUCCACAGCAUUCCCCUGAUCCACCAAGUUUGUAGCGCUAUCAAAAGGAGAAGAAGAAAGAGAUUUGUUUGGUGUUUUGGUGUGACUUGUUUUUGAGAGACAUAUGCUGGGUCUUAGUAAUCACAGCAUCCUUUUCUAAGUGCUCACAGGCCAACUGUUUAAUUAACUCUUCUAAGACCUUUCCUUGUAUCAACAUCAAGCUGACUGGUUGGUAGUUACCGUACUUCCUUUUUGAAGAUGGGGACAACAUUUGCCCACCUUCAGUCUGCAGGGACCUAACCUGUUGUUUAAGAAUUCUCAAAGAUUAUAGAGGCUCCAUUAGUACCAUUGGAUACAACUCAUCAGACCUUGGAGAUUUGAAUUCAUUUAAAGUAGCUAAAUUUUCCCUUACCAGCUCUUUUCGUAUCUUGGACUGCAGCUCCCUCCUUGCAUCAUUUAUUCUGUUAUCACCAGGUUGGGCAUUGCUUUCCUUGGCGUGAAGACAGAGGCAAAGUCAAUAGGUCAAUUGACUCCCCUUCUCCCUUUUUAUGAAGAUUACCCGCUCUGGGAUCCCAUAGCUAAUUCUCCCCUGGUUGUCUCGCUGGCCCAAAUAGGGCUAAUUUAGCCAGCUAGCCCUGGUGAUCAUCUAAAGUUUGCUGGAUAGAUUUCCCCCCUAAAUUGAUUUUUGAAUUCUGAAUUUAUUGUUAUUCACGUUUUAUACUGUAUUUUAUGCUGUUUUCUGUUGCAUCAAAUAAGUGUUUUAAAUUUGUUGUUAGCCGCCCUGAGCCAGGUUUUCUGAACCGGGAAGGGCGGGGUAUAAAUAAUUUUUUUUAUUAUUAUUCCCAUAUUGUAGACAUGAGGCUGGAGGGAUAGAUUAGCUUGGGCCUAUGGGCAGCCAAGGAGUUCAAAGUAGAGGCCUGUUUGUGUAAUGGUUAAACUAUCAGACUAAGUCUGAGGUUGUUAUGAGGAUAAAACUGGUCAGGGAGAACCAUGAAUGGCAGAGCUGCUUGUAGUGAAGACAGUAUCUAAUUGCUAUUUAUAAAAGAAUAAAAUGUGAAUACAGUGGUACCUCGGGUUACAUACGCUUCAGGUUACACACUCCACUAAGCCAGAAAUAGUGCUUCAGGUUAAGAACUUUGCUUCAGGAUGAGAACAGAAAUUAAAUGAAUGAAUGAAUGUUGGGAAAUCCCUUACAGUGGUACCUCGGGUUAAGAACUUAAUUCGUUCUGGAGGUCCGUUCUUAACCUGAAACUGUUCUUAACCUGAAGCACCACUUUAGCUAAUGGGGCCUCCUGCUGCUGCCGUGCCAGUGGAGCAUUCAUUUAAUUUGUUACAUUUAUACUCCUACACCUUCCUUUCCUCCAAGGAGCUCAAUGUGCCAUACACAGUUCUCACCGUUCCCUCAUUUUAUCCUCCCAAUAACACUGUGAGGUGGGCUAGGCUGAAAGAUUGUGACUGUCCCAAGUUCACCCAGUGAGCUUCCUGGAUGUGCGGAGAUUUGACCCUGGGUCUCCCCUGCCCUAGCCCAACACAAACCACUACACCACACUGGCUCUCAUGUUUUUGGCCACUACAGUACACUCACACUAAGGUCUGCAACAAAUCUUAAUUUCCAAAACCAGCCUAUGCAGACAGGGAGAAGGGGGAAAACCACACCUCAUUGUGUAAAAGAUUAAGAGCCCCUGCAGUACAGCAAUGUUGAUUUCCCUUCUUCCCUUCUCCGCAUUCCUGAUGCAAACAGUAACCUUGAAGUCUAUUUCCUAGCAACUCUGAGGUGUGGGUUAUACUAUAAGCAAAGACCAUGGUGGAUGGCGGAUGCCACAGAGUUCAGCUCAUUUGGAGCCUGCCUCCUGCUUUAAUUGUCAGCCGUGAGUUAUUACUACAAUCUAUUAAUCGUUGCUGAGGAAAUAAAUUCCACUACAGUACAAUGUUUAAUCACAGUGGUGCUCAGAGUGGCACCGAUUACUAGAUCAGAGCACAUUAACACCAAUCUCUGUGGUUUUCCAUCAUUUUACAGAGACAAGUUCUACAUAAAUCAAAAUCUUGGAAGUUCCCUGUAAAUUAACAGGCCUGAAUGCCUUUUCCUGAAUAAACAAGCAGUCUUCCCUGCAACAAAUAUCAAGGUCACUUGGAAGGAAUCACAUAAACACCCUACAGAGUCUACUGGACAAUCCUUAUAUUUUACUUAAUCGUAUUUAUCACCAUCCAUCCCGUAGAACAGGCACAAAGUCUUGGUUUUAGCACCCCCUGUUUUUCUCUCCUUUGCUCCCCAUAUUCAGCCUGCUGCCAAGUCACUUUGUGCUCAGAUAGUGAAGGUGAAAAUGGGGGUGCAAAGGGGGUUGCAAGAAGGGAGGAGUCUGGGUGGAGUCUGAAAAUGAAUGAAGGAAAGCACGGGUAUGAAAGGAUCUGGACAGAGGAGAUGGUGGCUUCAUAAUUGGGCAGAAAAUGAAAAGGGUGCUUAAAAUUUGCAAUGUGUGGCAGGAGAAAGAUGCUUGCAAGGGGUGGGAAGGGGUUCAUGUGGGUGGAAUGGCAGGGGUUGGCAAGCAGAGCGAGCAGCGGCACACCACUAAUGAAUGCUAAAUAUUAUUAUUAUACUCAGAUGAUGCUUGAUUGUGAAUCCAAGAUCUGAGACUCUAUACCCAAAGGCUACUGUUCUCAAACACAUUUUUCCCUUGCCCACCUUCAGUGCUAUAGAGCCCUUUCGGUUCUACGUCAAAAACUAUCCUUUUCUAUUUGGGGUUGUAAAUUUACAUUGCAAUCUAAAAAAGGUAAAGGGUAAAGGGACCCCUGACAGUUAAGUCCAGUUGUGAAUGACUCUGGGGUUGUGGUGCUCAUCUCGCUUUACAGGCCGAGGGAGCCGGCGUUUGUCCGCUUCCGCAGACAGUUUUUCUGGGUUAUGUGGCCAGCAUGACUAAGCCACUUCUGGUGAACCAGAGCAGCGCACAGAAAUGCUGUUUACCUUCCUGCCGGAGCGGUACCUAUUUAUCUACUUCACUUUGACGUGCUUUCAAACUGCUAGGUGGGCAGGAGCUGGGACCGAGCAACGGGAGCUCAUCCUGUCACGGGGAUUCGAACCGCCGACCUUCCGAUCGGCAAGCCCAAGGCUCAGUGGUUUAGACCACAGCGCUACCCACGUCCCUUCAGGGCUCCCCUGGACAAUGCUAAUACCUCUCUCUUGCUCUCAGUGGCCCUGUUUUAGCCACAAUCCUGCUAGCGCUCACCACCUGAGUUCGCUAUUAGAAGGAGGAUUGUAAAACGUAAGGGGGUAGAAGGAUUGCAGAACAGCAAUUGCAUUAUUUCUUUCUUUUUAUGGGCAAAAUUAUUAUCUAAUUCUGAAGAAGAAUUUAUUUAUCUACUUCACUUUGACGUGCUUUCAAACUGCUAGGUUGGCAGGAGCUGGGACCGAACAAUGGGAGCUUACCCCUUCGCAGGGAUUCGAACUGCCAACCUUUUGAUCGGUUUAAACCACAGCGCCACCCGCGUCCCCACAUUGCAAUCCAGCCAACAACAAAACCUAUUCUCUUCCUUUCCUACUGGUGCUACGCUUUCAGAUAAACUGUCCACCCUUCACGAUCUCAUUCCAUUACCCAUUCGUUCCUUUGUCUUUCCUCAGUUGCAAUCCAGGAGGGUCACAGGCUGAAUUUUAGACAGCAUUUUGAAAAGGACCUUUUAUUUGAGCAGCAUCUGCAAAUUUUAAAUUUAAUUGAAAAUGCUAUUUUUAUCUGCCAUGUCACAGCCCUGUUGUCUCUGGUGCAUCACAUCAGUGCUAACAGGCUUGUGGACAUGAGAGCGCCAAUGAGUGUUUCCCCUGAGGGUUUCACAAAGGACUAAGCUGCAGAGUUUAUGCAAAAGAAUUGUCUUGUUUAUCUGCUGAUGUGACAGCAGAGAAUGUCUACAUCCUUAUGAAAAAACAGAUAAAAAGAAUGUUCUGAAUUGCAAUUUUAAUCUUGCAUUUGAUUUUUUCUUUUAAGGUACAUGUUGAAAAUUAAUGGUCUGCCAUACGUUAUAUCAUCUAGUUUCUAAUUAAAUUGGAUCCUAGAAGUGGGAAAGAAGGACAGAUGCAUGUACACAUCCAUGUGUGCAAACAAACAAUUUGUUGCACUAGGGAUGAACUAUUUGGUUCUCCAGAUAUUUGACCACAGCUAAUAUUGUGAAAGUCAGAAUACAAUGCAGCUUGGACGUGCACAGUAAGGUCUAGCGGUUCUACAUGUUGAGAGACUGGUGACCUAGCAUGGCUCUGGAUUCAGGAAGGCUAAAUUAGUCUUUCUUCACAGGCAUGGAGAUAUCUGGGCUAGCCAUUGCUUGCAGGCAAAGCAUAAUGACUUUGCAGCCUGUCUGGGGGGUGGCCUCAAACUUCACCUUGCCUGCUGUUUCUGGAACAGAACCAGAAUGUCCUGGGAUGUGGUGGGUCCUGGGCCCAUCCAACUGGAACCUCGCUUUCCAGUCUGAAUUCUGGUUGGGGCAGAAUUCCUCCAGUCAAGAUAAAUACGAAGUUUGAACGUUUGUUCCAUGCACGGCAAAGGGGAUAGGUAGGAAAGGUUGCAGUACAAUAUUUGCCUCCUCUGUGACCAUGUUGUCAUCAAGUACAGUGUGUUAAGCAUACUGUAUAGUUUAAGCAUCUUAAAUACACUGACAUAGAAGUACAUUCCAUGGAAUCCAAAGUGACUAAGGAUGUAUUUGAUUUUUUAAUGUCCUUUCCCCCCAAUAUUAACAUUCUUUAUUUGGGUUACUGGUGUCAAUUGCUUUCUGUUGUAUUCUCACCCUGUUUCUUUCCUCUCUACAGAAAUGUGAUGUACUUUGGGAAGAUUUCCACCAAAAGCUUGUCGACGGGUCGUUGUUGACCUUGGACACAUAUCUGGGACAGUUUCCUGAUAUAAAGGUACUGUAAGGUCUCAGCGUGGGCUAGUUCACAUGGUUGACAAUAGCAGUAUUAUAGUUGAGGAAGGAAUGUCUGCAGCUGUGUGCAUAUCCACCACUACAAAUACAACGUAACAUGAGCAUCAGUCAGAUCCCCAUAUAUCUGUAUCCACAUACAUAUUUCCUUCCUGUGAGCCUUCCAUGUCAAAAAGGGGUGGAAGAAAACACUGUGCAUCCAACACAUGUACAGUAUUCCUACCUUUCUGCCCCUGUGAGCCAGUUCUAAGUAGCUCACAGUUGUUAUUCAAGCCAUAAAAACUAAAAAUUGAUCUGGGUCAAAGCUAUAGAUACCUGGGGUAGUUUUGUUAUAUUUGUGGCAUGCUGUAAUCUGGAUAACAUACAGGCUCAUCUUUGGAAGGCUGUUGUGAAAGGUGUAGUGGGGUGCACUAAACAUGAUUAGCCGCCCCCCCAUAUCUCUUCAGUUAUCUAGGUCUAUCAAGCAAUGCUUGUUCAUUAUUUUUAUUUUAUUUAAGGUAAUUUAGGCAGCGCUUUUAUAAAGGGUCAAAGCUCACAAGGCAGCGUGGUACAACAAAUGCUCAUUCUUUAUCCAACAAAUACUCUUUAAAAAACAGCAACAGGGGCUGUUCUAAACAAAUGGGUCUUUUAAUCCUAUUUAAAGGCCAUUUGUUAUUCAUUUGGAGGAAUUUCCACUUGCGAAAGUGUGAGAGAUGCAGUCCUUCAGGCCUGCCAACCUAAGUGAUCUCACCAGUGGGCCCACGGAUGGGGGCUUGGAAAUUGAUAUCAAAGUAUGGUGACAGCUUACAUAUCACUAAAAAAGGACAACCUUUUUCAUUAAAUUUGAAACUAAUUGCUGUAAUUUACAUGGAAAUACAUCUCCCUGUAGUAGGGAAGACAGUGAGUGACCAGGUGAGCUAUGGGCACGCUCCGUCUGCUCUCCAGGUGCUAUUGAGAGGAAAUUCAAGGCCUCUGAUCUCCUCCCUUCCUUAUUUUUAACCAGACUUGGACCAGACAGCCCUUCAAAUGGAAAACUCCUCCAAAUAAGACUUCAAACAUAGCACUGCCCUAUGUAGAGUUGUACUCUUGGACACUUCAUCUCAUAGUGCAGGCAGGACUGGUGUGAAAGUCCCACCUGCGUUAGCAAAAUUUUUAGUUCAUUUUCAAAGUUUUCCUGAAGGACUUUCAUGGAACUAGUUUUGGUACAGUGGUACCUCUGGUUAUGAACGCUUCAGGUUGCGACCUCUGCUAACCUGGAAGUAGCUGCUCCUGGUUGCGAACUUUGCCCCAGGAUGCGAACGGAAAUCGUGCGUCAGAGGCGCGUGCGCAGUGGGAGGCCCCAUUAGUGAAAGCGCGUCUCAGGAUAAGAAUGAUUUCAGCUUAAGAACGGACCUCUGGAAAGAAUGAAGUUCGUAACCAGAGGUACCACUGUACUAGAAAAUACAUUUCUCAUGUGUUUGACAUCUGUGUGACAUCAAUGUUAGCAUUUGCUGUAUGGAUUGGUGUAUGUGGAGUUUUCUUUCACUUGUUGACUGCCUUGUUUUUCGUGUGAAGUCUCCUUAUUGAACCCAGGCUGCAAGUUUAGAGAAUGUGGAAAACGCUGCAAAUUAAAGAUCUUUACUCUCUGUUUGCUGACAGUUGAAAACCUGCCUUCCCCCUGCUCCCAACAUGGUGCCGGGGCUUAUUUUUUUGGAAAUUGUUUUCUAAUCUCUUCUUCUGCUUAUUUCUGUUUUAUACUUUUCUGUAUUUCUCUCUGUAUUUGCUGUAUUGAUUUUUCUCUCUCUCUGUAGAAAGGGUCCUACUGAUAAUACCUUAUUGUAGCAGGUAAUGGCCUAUUUGUGGAAAACAGAUUCCAGGCAGAAUCCUGAUCUCUUUAAUGAGAGGCCCAACUGGGGCUGAUGUCAGGCUACUGUAUUAAUUAACUAAGCCGCAAACAUAUGUCAAAAUGGGAUUUGUUUGUUAUUGCUUAGUGCAGAGGAGCCAUCUAAAUCUAUUGACUUUGACAGAAUAUUCACUUUGCUGAUUAAUAUCCAUAGUGCAAGAUUAGGCUCAGGGUAGCUCUUUGAAGUUUUAAAUAAGUUUUGUGGCAGUAUGUUCUAGAAUGCCUUUGAGUGAAUCUGAUGUGGGAAUUUAGAAAUUCAGCCUUUAAAAUGUUGACGAAAGAAAGCUAUGCAUUUUAUUUUACCAGCAGUAUCUGAGUUUAAAAACAACAAGAAUGUAGGUGAAGCUUAGUUCUUAAGUGAUAGGAGAAAAAGAUAUAAAUGUUUUUUGAAAAAGACUGAACGUUUCAAAAUUGCAAAAGCUGCAUCUUAAACUAUGUGGAUGCAUAAGGAGAACUGCGAGUUUUGAUUGGGUAUCACUGUUUGUAGAAUCGUAUUGCAAAGCGGAGCAGAAAGCUAGUGGACUAUGACAGUGCAAGACAUCAUUUGGAAGCCUUGCAGAGUUCAAAGAGAAAAGACGAAGGCAGGAUUUCCAAGGUAAGACGUGCCUUUAAAUUCUAACCACCAGCAGAAUUUCUGUAUGAAGUUGCUCCUUGAGAAGUGCUUGCUAAAUCUUCUUUCUUUCUCUUUUAAUGCCCAAGCUACAAACUCCACAGAACAAAAGGGUAGGCAAAAACAAACAAACAUGGGCUUUAUCUAGAAUGUGCUAGACUGCUGUGGAUGGUUGGCAUACCAUGUAAUGACCUAGAGCUAAAACUUUUCCAUAGAGCUUUUACCAGCCUAGAGAGACAAGGCUGGCCUUCCCUAGGGCCAGAUUGGUGUUCCCAGUGUUGGCUUAUGUGCUUUCCCCUUCUCCAGUGCAGUGCAAAUGGUUUUAUGCACCAUGUGGCCCAGAGGGGUAGAAGGGGUUGGGGGAUUCUCCUGACCCUUCGCUGGCUAUGGGCAUAAUCUCCUGGAGUGCCACUGGCAACCCUUUCUCGCUAUUGAGGUGUCAUACUUCUCGAUAUGUGCCAUGUGUGAUAAAUCCUGCCAUCACUUCAUUAUACGAGUGUGUGAAAUUGCCAUAUAUAUAUAUAGGCUUGUGGACAUAUAUAUAUAUAUAUAGGCUUGUGGACAAAGGCAAUAAGGUUUAAACUAGUUAACAUCCUUGAAGCAGAAACUCAUAAUUAGUCAGAGUAGACCCAUUGGAAGUAAUUGGUCCGUUAAUUUCAGUGAGUCUACUUUGUGUAGAACCUUUUGGAUACAGCCCAUAGGCAAGAGGUAUCUUAUGCUGGGGACUUGGCAGCAGUCAGGAUCAAGUUUGUAGCUGGUGGGACUCAGCAACAUUAGGACUGUGAGGAGGUGGAGUUCAGUCAUCUUCCACCACCCCCACAGGUGCCCUAAAGCUGGUCUGUGCAUUGGGAGAGAAGGUCCCAGUCUCCUAUAGUUCGACCAUUACUCUCUGUAUCUGUAUGGCACCUUUCCAAUUGAGGCAACUGUUGCCUCCUUUCUGCUGCACUUCACUAGAUGGCUAUAGUAUAAGGCAGUACUGCAGCUGCCAUAUAAAGGUCAAACAUACAAGGGACCAAGAAAGUUCCACCUCAUCUGUCAAGCUGUUGAUUCUGACCUGAUUCCUCAGUUGAAGGCAUUUCUUGCCUGCCUGCCUGCCAACUUCCCAGCUGUCCUCAAAAGAUUACCAGCCCAGAGGAGAACCCACCCAGAAAUUGACUUGUUUGCUUUUUCAUCCAGUGCCCUUUUGUUUUUGCACCAAUUUGUGCCAAUCUGUUUGAUUUUCUUUCUAGGCAGAGGAAGAGUUUCAGAAAGCACAGAAAGUGUUUGAAGAUUUCAACAUUGAUUUGCAAGAAGAGCUGCCAUCUUUAUGGUCAAGGUAGCUAUAGCAGAUGGUGCUUUGUGUCCUUCAACUUUUCAUGGAAGCCCAGAGAACUAAGGCUGUCCUCUCUUUGUAAUGCUUUAAUGCAGGCAUCCCCAACCUUCAGCCUUCCAGAUGUUUUGAGACUACAAUUCCCAUCAUCUCUGACCACUGGUCCUGUUAGCUAGGGAUCAUGGGAGUUGUCGGCCAAAACAUCUGGAGGGCUGCAGGUUGGGGGCGUCUGCUUUAAUGAGACUUGUGUAGCUUCAGUAAACACAACCAGUUAUUGCAGCAGUGGGUUUUUUCCAGUUAGCAGACAUGCAGUAUGUUUGGUCCAAAAAUGAAACUCGUAGACAAAAUUGAAUGUUUAUAUGCUCCUCACUUGAACCUAGAGGAAAUCCACCGAAGAUGCAAAUCCACAGCAUAGUCAAUGCGUCAUAGACCUGAUUUCCCUCUUUGAUCCAGCAUACAUCUGUUACAAAUGGUGCACCUAUGGGCAACUUUGGGCUUGCAUUUUUCCAUCACUGACAUUCAGUCCAUGGUGUAUCGUCACUCUGAUGUGGGGUUCACCAUUGAUAAGUGGUGCUGGGGUUGUAUUUAAAGGAGGUUUACCUUAAGUCACAUCACACUGGAAAUUUGGGGAUGGGGGAGAUCUGUUGCCAUGUAUAUGUUAUAUCUAGAUGGUCCCUUUUUACAUUUCCAAAUUGGAUACUGUACAUACUUUUUCAAAGGCGUAGGAAACUUUCAAAGCCAUAGGAGGAAACAGCAUUGGACAAAAAAUACAUUUCAUUAUUUUUUCUUUCUCUUUACAACCUUUUCAUUUUUUACCUUGUCAUCUCCUUUUAGACGAGUUGGCUUUUAUGUGAACACAUUCAAAAAUAUCUCCAGCCUUGAAGCCAAAUUUCACAAAGAAAUAGCUUUGGUGAGUAAUAAUGAAUGCGCUGUGGAAGAAAAGCAACAGACACCUUUGAAGUAGGUUAAAAAUGCAGGUGCCAAGAUGCACACAUGUAAUCUUUUUCCUGCUUCCUCUUUCCUUUCUGUUACAAAAAAGAUUGCUUUUUACUAUGAUUAACAUUAGUGAAUGAAACUAGCAGAAUGCAGUAAUUAUUUUUAAUGGCUUCCCACUGUCUACUGCUUAAGUUUGCUGUGUUAAGUUGAGAGCCCCCUGAUGAACUUGUGGUAAUGAAAUGACAGAGCUUUUAGAAGCAAGGGUUUAGGAGAAUUGGCCCCGGGGUAACCCCAAGACUAUUUGCAACACACAUCUUCACUAUUAAGUGCGAAGCCUUGCACUCUGCGUGUGUUGUGUGUCACUGUGAUAAUAUCCUAUUUUUUAAAAAAGGGUGACUAAGCUUAGUCCCAUAGUGGAACAAAUACGUGAUUUUUAGUUUAUUCUCCCCACCCUACCUAAAGUAGCUGUUAUAAAACGACAACUGUUUUUGUCGCUUCAGCUAUGCCACAAACUCUAUGAGGUGAUGUCAAAGUUGGGAGAGCAACAUGCUGACAAGGCCUUCACCAUUCUUGGAGCACCCAGGUAAAAUAUUGUCUAUCAAACUACAUUGCACAUGACCUGAGCCACAUUCAUCCAAUAAUACAACCAGUAACUUUUGACAGUACAAAAUUAAUCAAAGUUUGUGAAUAGAUAACUUCUUCUUUUUUUCAGUUGAACACGAAUGUUUCCCCUGGUUUUGCCUCAACCCCUAUUUUAUGUUGGAAGCAGACUUUAGUUGCUGGCAGAGCUAUGGCUGCAGUCAAUUACGUAGUGUUACAUCAGAAACAGAUCAGGUGUUCACCUAUAGUAAUGCAACCUUUUUCACCCACCAUGUUCCUUGGCUGAAGAGAGCCCUUGUCCUAGUGAGGUAUUCGAAGAAUGUGUGGGUAACAAACAGCUGUGGCCCUCCAGCUGCUGAUAGAUGACAACUCCCACCAUCCCUGGCCAUUGCCCAUGCUGGAUGGGGUUGGCUGAAGCUGUAGUCGGAGCUUGGCACGACUCCUUGCACUUUAUCAGAUGAGGGGGGACCUUUUGGUCUCCUCUGUGUCUGCAAGCUUUGUUCCAAUGCUCAGUUCUUUGCACAUCCCCAUAUAGUUUCAUGCAACCUCUGAACUGUGGCUGUACGAACUUGAUAAGUACUUUCUGUAUCUACACAGUGCUUGCAAGUUUACCAUGAUAGUAUUAACUGUGGCACAGGCAGCUGCAGAUUAUUAGAAAAUGUUCAAGUUGAGCCAAAAUGAGGAGAGAGCAUUUCGUAAAUAUUUUUCACACCGUGAAGAGCAACUCUCCUCUGUUUUUUUUUCAAGGUGUGAAAGGGCGCCUUAGUAUUUACAGUGCAGCUGCCUUCAAAGGCUUUCUGCCCUCGUUCUGAACUGGCUUUGUGAAAUGGAUGUGAUAUCAUGGCACCAUCUUCAUGAGUCCUGAUUGGAUGGGAUCAAAUAGCCAGGAAGAAGGUUGAUUAAACAAGAUAGAUUGUGCCAGAGCAGCAGUUGUGUAGCCAGGGGCAUAGGAAGGGGGUGGUCUGCCCUGGGUGCCACUCGGGGUGUGUGUGACAAGAUGGCCCCUGCUUCCCCCCAGCAGUAGAGCGGCUGAGGGCAUGUGCAGUCCGUACGGGCGUCCAUAUGGGCUACCUCUUGCACGGCAACCGUACGGGCUGCCACACAUGCACACUCCGUACGGUCACCAUGCGAGAGGCAGCCCAUACAGCCACCGUGCAAGCGGCAGCCUAUGCGGUCACUGUGCAUGAGCGGCAGCCCGUACAGAGUGCAUUUGCAGUAUUCCGUACGGACUGCGCUUGUGCGGGAUGCCGCACAUGCGCACUCCAUAAGGGCUGCCCCACCCCGGGUGCCGGAGAGGGUUCCUCCGCCACUGUGUGCAGCAAUGUUGAAUCAUAGCGAAAAGGCAUGAAUAAAUGUAAAUUGGAGAGUGGAUGAGUAGAUUCAGGCAGCUGCACCUGCUUCCAAAAGCCAGCUUUUGCACCAACAAUGUUCUCUGGAGAACAUUCAGCAUAGCCCUACAAAAUUGUAGCUUCAUUGAAAAACCUGUAGAGAAAUAGAAUAGAAAGGAAAGAAUGUUUUAAUAUCUCAUCCUUUCUUUUUGAAAAAAAUAUUUCCACAGAAAGAGGUGGUGAGUGAACACUUAAGGUGUCUCGUAGCUUAUGAAUAAUCUGACUUUGAUUUAGUAUAGAGAACAUGAUUGAGGCCUGGUCAAUCAUGUGUUAUUUUAGUUUUCCACAGAAGUGCUGAAGCCCAUGUGUCAGCUUACUGAGUAGGAUGCUUAUAGAAUGCAUUAGCUGUAUGCUUCUUCAAAAUACAACAUUAUAGUUUUCACAGAUCAUAGAUCUUAGAUGUUAGAUUGCACAAUGUUUCUUAGAUGUUGGGCUCCAUAAUUUCUGUUCUUUAGCCGCAUCAAUUUAGACAACAGAACUGUAGUCGCAGAGGAUCUGGCUCAAUGGUUUAAAUAGCUUUUAUACUGAAAGAUGUCCCUUGUUGAGACAUGAUGGCAUCUGCAGAAGUGACAUGAGAUCCUGUCCCUCCCUCAACCCUCCCUGUCAGUGAGAAAAGACCCCAACUCCAUACAGCCUGGGUCUGAAGGAGACAAGGCCUUGCCAGACUUGCGUGAAGCUUUGACGAAGGGCAGAAACAGUGGAAGAAACACCUGUGUGUUUCCUGUUUCUGUUGUCAGUGCCUCCUGCAAAGGAAACAAGGCAGCCACCUCUACAUCCAGUCCUCUCAGGAGCACAGAGGGCCUGGAAAAGAUGUGAGGAUUUUUUGUCUCUCACUUGUGAAAGGAAAGAAGACCAAUUUCUCCCUCUAUCUCCUCUCUUAGUUAGCACACCUCUGUGCAAGGCUCUCAGGCCACACCCUUCCAUUCCCAAACCCUUCGCUUGCUAGAUGAGUGUGGAUGGAAUUAGUAGUGAGCUUGGUUAUAGUUGAAGACAUUCAGAAAUAACUUUAGUUCUCAUUUUCAGAUACAGUGUUGGGUCCUAAAGAGAAAACAAAUGAGCUGGGAGAACACACACAAAAUUCUAACAAAUGAGAAUUUUCAGAAUUCUGGAAAACAGAGAUCUUAUACAUCUCUAGACAAACAUAGGAUUGGUAUCCCAGGAUUUAAUCACAUAAGGAACCAAAUGUACACAUUGUUGAUGGAACCAUACAGACUUCAUGGGUGUGUCUUGUGGGAGCCAAAAAGCAGUUCAAUAUGUUGAAAUGACAGUAUUGUAUGUUUUAUAAAAUAUUGGUUUGCAUUCUAUUAGCGAUUCAGGUCCUCUCCGCAUUGCAAAAACUCCAUCACCGCCUGAAGAGGAGUCCCCUCUGCAUAGCCCUGAAGCAAGUCCCAAUCAUACAUUGGCUGCUCCUCCUUCUCCAGCACCAGCACGGCCUAAAUCUCCCUCACAGGUAGUAGGAACAGAAUUAAGAUGAAAUACCAAAAGGGGGCAGGGGAUAACCCAGCCAAAAGCAAUGAAAUGAGCCAGUUCUUCUAAAAGCUUGGCGUUAACAACCAGCUAAUUUCCAUCAGAAUUACUAGAACCUAAAUAUUGGUGUGGAGAGGAGGGUCCAGAGGGAGCCCUUGUCUUAUCACUUCCUGAAAUGAGAAUUAGAAAUCUGACUCCCAUCACUUACCCGCCUUUGUUCUCCAUUUGUCCCCCAUCCUCAGCCCCCAACUGGUGGUAGCUAUGUUUGUUGACCCUUUGCUCUUCCACUUCCUUUGCUAGUCAGGGAAGAACCUUUUUGAUGGGACCAGUGUUCCUAGAGGACCUGAUAAGGUUUCUCAAGGACAGCGCCAUCUUGAGCAAGGUGCUGGUGUUGCUGCUCCAGAGAAGCCUCAUGAUGACACCGGCACCAUUUUGGGAAAAAUUGCCCUGCCCAAACAGGAAGAAAAGGAAGCUGGCAUGGUUGCGCUGGCAGCAGUGAGGGAUGGUCGAAAGGAGAGGAGAUAGUGAGAUCUGCCCAUCUCUUUCUUAUCCCUCCGUACUGCAACGUGCCAAAGGACAUCUGGUUACUUUGGGGGGUAUUUAUUCAUUUUUUAGAAUCAAAGGAAAUCUAAAACGUUUCAAUCGCAUUACAAAGAAAAGGACUGUUACCCCAUUACAAUUACUAUGGUGAAACGUCUGAAGGCUGCCAACUGCAUCUGGCUUCAAUCCAAACAGUGGAUUUACUAUGGCUAUUUUUAUCCGCCUGGUAUAAAAGGAAUAUAAUUUCCUUUCCUGCAGGGUAAAUGUGAUUUGAUUUCUUUUGUCAGUGGCUCUCCGCUACUUUGGAAGAAAUGUGUCAGCACAGCAUGCUCAUUGCAGCUGGAGAGAUUCUGGCUUGAGCACGGACAACCAGCUGGAAUUUAUAAUAAUGUUCUGACCUGCACAGAUCUAGAGAGUAUGCAAAAUAUGCUAGCAUUGUUUUCCUCUCCUCGCGUCAAACAUUGUCAUUGACUUUGAUUGGUCAUUAUUUUACAGUUUAGAGGCUGUCACCCUCAAGCAGUAAUAUUUUUACGGGAUUUUGAUGCCUUUAGAUAUGCUUUAAAGAAGUAAAUUGUCAUGUCAUGUGUUCAGUUACUUGGAGAUUAGUGUAUUUUUCUACACUGAAUGAUCAUACUGGGUGGCGUGUAGAACAGUGAUGAGAAUUGGUCCUCCGGAUGUUGCUGGACUGGAACUCUCAUCAUUUCUGACCACUGACCACCUUGGUUAGGGAUUUCAACUGCAUUUGGAGGGGCCAUGGGCAAUUCAUUCCUGAUGUAGAAAAUCAGGAAGUGAGAUCCAAUGGUGGCUUCUUGUCUGUGCAAGGGCCCAUUCCAUGAAUGCAAGGGCCUUCAAUUUUGCAGGGCCUUCUGCAAAUGGAACGUGGGAGGUGAUUUUCAUUGAUUCUGCCUACGGUUCUACUUCCCAGUGCUGGGCUUGGAACUCUCAAGUUUCAGCAGUGCCCUGUGCAAUUCAAAAAGUUGGUGCCCCCUUGCCUACUUGGUUUUAGAAUAUUUGGUGGUGUCAAAGUCAAAAUGAUGCAGGGCUGAUCGGUCCCAGGCUUGAAACGUUGACAGAUUUGUGUUUAUUUUAUCCCUGCCACAAAUUAUCUCGAUCUUUGCCUUAAAGAUUACACUUCCUAAUGUGAUUGUUUUUUUGUUUAGCUGAGGAAAGGACCCCCAGUUCCACCGCUACCUAAACUCACACCGACAAAAGAAAUGCAGCAGGAGAAUAUCAUCAGCUUAUUUGAUGACAAUUUUGUUCCAGAAAUAAAUGUGACAACUCCUUCACAGGUGAGUCAGGGUCUCAAAAGCUGUUCCUUAACAGCUUCAGGACACCUCUCCCAGUUAUAGUCUCUGGGAUAGUCCCUGUUUAUCCCUACAACAAUCCUGAGGCUGUGAGUUAAUGAGUUGACCUGUGUAUUUCUUGGCUGAUGGAGAACCUGUGGCCCUCUAGAUGUGAUUGGCAGUGGUUGCAGAGUUGAUUCCAUAGCAGCUGUGUAACAGGAAAGAGAAGUAUUGCUUAAAAGUCCUCGAGAACCUCUUCACCUCAGAAAAAGUAUUUGGCCUCAGGACUUAGCCACACUUGCUUUUUACUCUGCUUUUUCCAGGCACAAGUCCACGCUUCAAAGCUCUGAGCAUGCUAUUUGUUGCUCCAGAGCUUUCCCCACAAAAAAAUCUGCUCUUUAGUGCUCAACCGGAGCAAACAUCAAUUCUGUUUUUCCAGAGACUGCUGUUUGCUCCUGUAGAGCACUAAAGAGCAGGUUUUCACAGAGAAAGCUCUGGGGCGAAAAUAUGGGCCACUUGGACACGGAUCUUUAAAGUGUGAAAAGAGCGGAGGAAAGGCAAGUGUGGAUCAGCCCACAGUCUAACGUGCUAAGUUCCUUAUACUAUCAAUUUUGUUUUACAUAAUCUUCAUUAUUGUGGAUACUUUUCAUACAAAAGCAGUUUGUAAAUGCAAGCAAUAAACUUGCAUUUGAGGGAGAGGUGGCAAUAAAGCAUAGUUUGUAAAGAGGUGGUUGAGGGAUUGAGGAUUGGGUAAUCGUUCUGUGGUAUUAUGGCAGUGGACAAAGCUGAAUUGUAACUUUUGAAUAAAUGUGUUUAAAAUUUUAAAAAACUGUAAAGAUGUGGUUGUUCAGUGUUUCCCCCCGCCCUAACAGAAUGAAGUUCCUGAAGCUAAAAAAGAAGAGUCUUUGUUAGACCUAGACUUCGAUCCAUUUAAACCUGAUGCAGCAGCUACUGUGGUAACCCAUUCACCAAUGUCUCAGGUAGGUUUUUCGUAUGAAAUAUUUUUUAAAAUAUGUACAGUUAUGAAGCCAUCCACCCCAUAAUCAGGGUUGUGGAUGCACCACAGUUCCAUGAAGGCACCAAGAAAAUGUGGAAUUCGGGAAAUAUGCGACCACGCAAUCUGGCCCAAACUUAUUGGCAGAGACCGGGUGUGGCAUGGGAGCAACAAUGAUGAGGGAGCAAUUGUGCUCCUCUGGAUAGCAUAUAAACUGCGUCUUAGAAUGAUCUCUAAAGGAAUGUGCAAACCGCAUGUUCGCAGAUCUUGCUGACUGUACUUCAUGACAAUGUCAAUUUGCCAUAGCUACUUUGCAGAUCUCACAAUGAAGAAUACCGUGUUUUUCACUCUAUAAGACGCACCAGACCAUAAGACGCACCUAGUUUUUGGAGGAGGAAAACAAGGGGGAAAAAAUUUCUGAAUCCCAGAAGCCAGAACAGCAAGAGGGAUCGCUGCGCAGUGAAAGCAGCAAUCCCUCUUGCUGUUCUGGCUUCUGGGAUAGCUGCGCAGCCUGCAUUCGCUCCAUAAGACGCACACACAUUUCCCCUUACUUUUUAGGAGGGAAAAACUGAGUCUUAUAGAGCAUAAUUGAAAUGAGUGUUACUACUGUAUUUUUCUCUGUCCAUGUGGAUGGGUCUAUAUUAUUCCUAGUUAAAAUGAUCCAUCUGAUUUUCUACAAAACUCUUCUGUAUUUAAUACUCUUCUGUAUUUAAACAGCUUUACAAUACCAGAACUUCAUAUUCCUGAGACAGAAUUCUCUCUCCGUUUUUCCUCUAUAUCCUGCUUGCUAUUUUGCCCCUGGUCCCUCCUCCUGACAAAAAAAAAUUCUCCUGUUUUCCAGUAUAUGUCUUUAGUCUUUAGAGUUUGAAGUAAACUCCAGUGCUGAUAUUCCAGUUCCCCUAAUAAUCUUGUCUGUUAUUAGAGCAUUAGAACUCCUCCUCAAACAGUUAGACAUUCACAGGAGUUGACAGACAGAUAUUGAUUAAAGUGCAUUUGACAGCUGAGUGUUUCAUAUUUUUCAAACACAUUUUCAUCCUUAUGAAGUGCAGAGGAUGGACAUGAUGGAUGAUAUUUUAAUAUUUAAAACUCUGCACAUGGAGAUGGCUUUGGAAAACAGUUAUCGAAAUUCCUGAAGAACAAAUCUGUUAUCUGUAGUUUAGACAAAGUCACAAAGAAGACCCCCCCUCUCCUCCAUGACAAUCACCGUCUCCUCCACUUCCAUUGAGAAGAGCCUGCCCUGAAGAUCUUAAGGAACAGACAGGCUGAGACAGGAGAAGACUGUCCUUAAGAGAUCCUGGGCUCAGGCCAUAUAGAGGAGCUAUUUACAUAAGAUGCAUGAGCAGAGGAGAAGAAAUCAAGGCCUUGAACUUGAGAAGCCUGAACAAGUCAAAAUUUAUUGUACUGUAUUGCCCUUUUUUGCACAUCAGAAAACUGUUUGACGUGAUCCAAGUUGCCGUUUUGCUUGUGAGUCAGUGAAGGACUAUUUUAAGAAACUGAAAAUCAACUUGGGAUGCUUUGCAACAAACUGCAAAGAGAAGCUUCUGUCUGAUAGUACAGUUGUGUAGGCAGGCAGGUUUUUAGUACAUAAAGAAAAUGGAAUAGACUAUGUCACAAUUUAUUUGUUUAUUUCAUAAGGUUUUAUACACCUCUUGAUUGUAAAAAAAGAGCCCCUCAAAGCAGUUUACAAAAAGAUAAAAACAGUAAAAUUGGGGGGGGGGGGAUUGACAACCCUACUUUAAGAAUACAAAAGUUGAAAUACUACUAAAAACAGAUUAAAAUUGCCCCAAAUUUUGAAGCAGGCUUGUCUAAACAGGAAUGUUUUUAGCAGGCUCCAAAAAGAAUACAGUGAUGGUACCUGCUUGAUCUCAGUAGGCAAAGUGUAGGAGCUGCCACACUAAACAAUUGAGGUCUUACAAAUGGAGAACGGGUCUUGCGUGGCACCUCUAGUAGUUGGCAAUUCUGCCAUUCAGUUACAGGAUUUGCUUGUGCUUUCCUUGUGCAUCUCAACAUACCUAUGCAGUCCUGCAAAUUUGGAAAUUAUCAAACAAUCAAUCAAUCAGGCCUAAAUAAUUUGCUGUGGCAAUAUGGUGUUGCCUGUUGAAAUCCUGUUUUUGAUCUUUGGGAAGCCCCGUAUACUAAGGAUUGAGGAUCAUUUCACACCUUGCACAAAUAAUAAUAAUAAUAAUAAUAAUAAUAAUAAUAAUAAUUUAUACCCCGCCCAUCUGGCUGGGUUUCCCCAGCCACUCUGGGCAGCUCCCAACUGAAUAUUAAAAACACAAUACAGCAUUAUUGUACAGCUGCCUUGCUGUUGAUCAUAGCUCCUGGGGUGUGUCUGUGUGAUCCAGCAUGUGGUAAUGGGUGCUAAUUGUACUACAUUUUUGAUCAAAGCUUGAAACAUCUUGGUGUAUACCUUAAAAUGUAAUGUUAUGAACUGGCACUAAGUUCUGCAGUUGCCCUCUUCAGCCGUGAAUAUUCCCGUAGGGCUUGAGCAGGUUCCCUUCCCGCAGAAUUAUGCCUUAAAAAAGUAGAGUCUGAAUCUCUUUUUCCUGGUGCUGUGAACUCAGUGAACCAAACAAACAGAAUUUUGUGAAAUGCCUUAUAAACACACUGCCCCCUCCCAGAAGAGAAUGCUAUGCUGAACUCUAUGGAGCACAUGAAUAACCAUGCUACUGUCUAAUUAUGCUUUGCAGCACAUAACAGGGUGUACAAAUGAGGUUUUCAACACUGUCCUUCUUUCCCCUGUUCUCAGACGCUUCCCUGGGAUUUAUGGACGGUAAGUUGGUUUCUUUAUCUUUGCAUGUUGCCUUUUUAUUGUUGUUUAUUUCUACGGUGCCAUUAGUAUGCAAGGUGCUUUAUGUAUCGACACGAGAAGAAAGGAUGGGUUUCAGCCCUGAGGAGUAUGUAGUCUAAAUUUUGACAGCAGAGGGAGACAGAGAAGGGGAAAUAAAUUAGUAACAGGAUGACUGGGCAAAAAUGCACUUAUGUGAAAUAAAGAAUGUUGCUAGAUUUGAGGACGAAAGACCAAGGGUGACAUCCUGCUCUGGUGUCCUGCUUGAACAAUGGACUUUUGCUUGCACAAAUAGGACUUGCCUUUCCCCCUCCCCCCUGCUGCCUCCUCCAUCCACUUGUUUGCACCCCAAAUCUGCUCCAGAGGACUUGGGGGGGCCCUUUGGAGGAGACUGAAGGGCAGGAGGAGGGGAGGAAGGAAGGAAGGGUUCUAAUAGACCUGCGGAUGUGAUGUUGGAUCUUCCUGAGAGGUUUUCUGUGCCUGCAUUUCUAUAUACCCAGAAGCUUUGAAAUUGUCUUCACAUAGUGGGAUGAGAUAUCUGUGAUUGGCCUAUGGUAGCAGACGUGUAGUAUUAUUUACUAGGGAAAGGAAAGCAUCCCUGCUUUAAAAAAGAAACCAUUUCUCCAGAAUUGGUUUGGAAAGGUUAAUAACUUCCACCUGCACAUUAAUGAUCUUUCCAGAGAUGUGAAGGCCCGGGGGGGGACCAAGAGAAAAUCCCCCCCUUUUUUCUCAUCCCCCCUCCCAUUUCCCCCUCUCCCCAAUUUUUCAGAAACAAAUAGGGGGGAAACCCCAAAAAAACUGAGUGGUGGAUGGGAACUGAGGCUCCCCACCAUUUUGUGUGUCUUCUCCCCCCCACCCCAGACUUUCUCUUCAGUUGCAGUAAAUGCAGCACUUACUUCAGCCAUAUUAGUGCUGUAGAAUCUGAAACUCAGUCUGAUUAUUUUCUUGGACUUAUUAAGUCUUGGCUUUGAACAAUUCUGAAUGAAUCUUCUUUACCAAGAACCCAAGGAAAAUUUGUCUUAGUUUGUCUAGUGUUACAAAUCACAACCAUGUGGACCCAUUCAAAUUUAGUUGUAGUGCAUGGAUUUGGCUGUAUAAAACUGGUCUCUUUUUAUGGUUAGGAUGGUAAUUACUGGCAUGGAAUGUGGCAUGAAAUGUGGUGUAGAUCGUGGGAAGUGAAAUUUCUCUCUUGAAGCUUCUCGUGAGAAAAUCCUUAGAACGAUUUCAUUUUAUCCUCAGAAAAAGUCCUGGGAGGCUGAGAGAUAAAAAUUGGUUUGGGUUACCCAGUGAGAUUUGAGAUGGAAUGGGGCUUGACUGAAACCAGGUGUCCUAUGCUAUAUUAGGGUUGCCAUAUUUCAAAAAGUAAAAAACUAGGACACCCCAAAAGGGAACCCCCAAGAUUGUUGAGGACCCUGAUCACCUACAAAUAGGAGCACUGGGUGCGUGGCAGCAGUUCCUAUCAUUGCUAUACCAUACGGCAGGGGCUGGCAACCUUUUUGGAUUAGUGGGCACGUUUUGAAUUUUGAGAGCGUGCUGGGGGUGUCACUCAUAAAAUGGCUACCAUGCAGUGGGCAUGGCAUAACACAAAAUGGCUGCCGUGGGGAGUGUGGCAUAACACAGAAUCAGAAAGACAGCCACUCAAUCCUAGUUUUAUUGAUUUGGUUUUCUUCUGUACAGACAAGCAAUGAACUGGUGCAGCCGGUAA